AUGCGAGUAUGUUACGUGUGGAACAUUUAUCCACGUAUACAUUCAUUUAACGGCAUGAUGGGUUGCAAGAACUUCCGCUUUGACUUUCUGAGCUCCUUGAAGUACCUAUGUGACUGCGACGUUCGUUUUAAAAAUGAACUUUCAUACUUUUUGCAAGUUGAGGUUUGUAAAUUUUGAAUAGAUCAUUCGUGUUCGGUAGUUAGAUAACGGCGUAAUGGGUGACUAACACAGUUUAUGGACCGUACGAUUUUACGCCAUUGUCUGCGUCGGUGUAUACAUUGGAGAUUGACCAAUGGUUGGUCUGGGUGAGAGUACAAGUCGUGUCGGUAACAGUUAACAAUUAAUGGUUAAUAGUUUAUAUUUAAUAAUAAUAGUACUACUACUUUUAAUUAAUUAUUGUUAAGUAUAGAUUUUUUUGGUAUAAAUGAGUUGAAUGAAUUAUGUAUUACUUGUAUGUAAGUGAGUCAAUGAAACAGUAGUCUCACUGAGCUGAUUCAAUGAUAUUGGAAUAAACAAUAUUUUACAGUUGGCAGGAGUCUAUUACUGGCUCCUGACAGUUGGAGAAGGGUUGUUUGAUUUUUAUACAUCAUGUCAUGUUAAUUAUGUCAACUUAGACAUAUGCAUUGGUAAAAGGAGGGGGGGUUUAGAUCACUUUUCACGAAAAAUAAAAUGGCCAUUCAUGUUUCAUGCAAUAUGAAAUAGCCAUUUUGCAAAACGAAGAUAAAAGGUGUUCAAUUACCUGUUGGAAUAAAGAGUCCUGGGGUCCAGAAUGAUGAUUAGCUAGCCACAGUCAUGCCUCUAUGUGUAGUCUGGUUUUAAGACGCUUACUGGAUAAUUUUUAAAGGAAGAGAAAACAAUAAUGGUUCAAGUCACGUUUUGCAUUAAAAAAAAAAAAAAUACAAUUGUUUUGCAAUUUCCAUGAAAAAAAGGUGGCUAUUCAUGGCUAUUAAACCAAAUCACAUUUCACAGGAAAAAAAAACUGUUACCCUCUAUAAUAACAGUAAUUAGUUAUUAGUAGUAGUGCUAUUAAUAUUAUUAUUAGUAAAUAUGAAUUAUUAACCAUAAAUUGUUAACUAUAAUGGACACACUUUUACUUACACCCACAACCCACAACUUGUACCCACAACCCACAACCAUUAGUCAAACUCCAUAAACUGUGAGAUUUUAAGCCGUUAACUGACAACGCAAAAUCUUACAGUGUAUAAUAUACUGACUGGAAGAAAUAACGCCUUUAGUUACAGGCAUAAAAUCUUACAUACAUACAUCACUGACUGAAAGUUAAAUUAAAAUCAUUAGUUACACCACUGACUGGAAGAAAUUAUUAGUUAAAAAUCUUACUUAUAAUUAUUACCAACUAAAAAAAUUACACACUGACUGGAAGAAAUUAUGCCAACUGGAAGAAAUUUAGUUAAAAUCUGGUGGAAAAAUUAUGCUUAGUUACUUAAAUAAUUAUUACCAACUGGAAAAAACUUAAUUCAAAUCGUUACAUGAAAUUUUACAUGGUGAUGUAAAAUCUUACAAACCACUCCGUGUAUAAACUGUGUUAGUCAAUACGGAAACCAUUUUACAUUUCUUCAGUGUAAAAUCUUAAAGUACAUAUAUUAUCAACUGGAAGAAAUUACGCUGUCAGUAACUGUUAUACAUAUUCCCUGGAUUUUGGUUUUUACUGUAUUGUUCUUAAAUUGAUGAUUUGCCAUGUUAAGUAUAAUUUAGCAAGUUUGGAUCUUUUAGCUUUUUUUCCAUCUAAAUAUUUUUUCUACUGUGUUUCUGUUAUCAUUUUAUUUCAGAGCUGGUCUUCUGAUGACAAGCAGCUAUUAUUGCAGAAGUUGGCUGAGGUGUUUCUAAUCCAGGAUUUGACUCCCUUUCUGGUAAAACACUGCAAACCAAUACUGCUGGAAAUUCUGGAACGUUGUGCUAAGAACCUUCAUCAAGAAUCUUAUAGGAGUGGUUCUCACAUAGAAAGAUUUUGUUACACUCUUAGUGAGCUGUUAACACUGUCUCAUUUGAAAGACUUCAUUUACAGAUUUAUUAAAACCUGCAGUUUGUUUUCAAUAAUUUUGGAUGAGGAGCAGGUUAACGAGCAAGAAAUAGAGAGAAUUUUAUGUGUAUUGAAGACUUGCUACAAUCUACUUAGUUACGAUUUUGAAACAUUUCACAGAAUCUGGGAAUGGAGUCCUAUUUUUAAAUUUCUGCAACAUAAUCAUCCUGAAGUGAGAUGGUAUGCUUUACAUAUUAUUUCAAUUUUAACAGGUAUAUCAGAACAAAUUAAGAUUGGUCUGCUGGAUAAACUUUUUACAAUUUCAGAGAGAACCUCAUUUUUAACACAAGAGUUUACACGUAAGUUGCUUAGUCAUGUAAGAGAUUGUAGAGAUAUAAAUGAUCAUCAGAAAUUAAGUUCAGAUUCUAUGGAUGUCAGUGGUGAUAACAUCAAUGGAGCAUCUAUCAGUAAGGAAGAUUUGAUUGGCCAAUAUACAACCCUUUGUGGGGUUAUGCUGCCAUGCCUACCUGGAACAUUGAAUCUUGUGGACCAUUCAUUUGUCAUGGUACCAUCAACUGUAUAUAAUCUUCAUUUACUAGUACUAUCGGUAGCCACAGGAAAUGGUGUAUUAUUAGAAGGACCUAUAGGCUGUGGGAAAACAGCCCUGGUUGAAUUUGUGGCCAGAGCAACAGGGAGAACAUGCCCACCAGAAUUUAUGAAGAUUCAACUUGGAGAUCAGACAGACAGCAAGGUGAGCAUGUACCAUUAUAAUUGUACUUUUCUUCACAUGAGGUUAUAGUGUGGACUAGGAAAUUGUAUGGGAGUUCUGCAGUACGCUAUCAUCUUAUCUUAAGAAAGUAGUGAUAUUCCUGCUAACGGUGUGUAGUUGCUUCAUGCUUUGUAAAUCAGGAUACUUAAACCCAUUCACUCCCAGUAAUGAUCAAAAAGGAAUUUAUCUCUACCUUAUUGUUGCAUUAUGAUAAACAUGUGUGACAAGAAGAAGUUAAAGGAUGAAUCAAGGGAUUUUGUUCAAAAUCAACACCAAAUUCUCAGAGCUAAUGUUGUAAGAAAUGUAUAGCAGACAUUAAGGACAAUUGAAAUUGAUAUCUUGGCUACAGGGGUGUAAUCCCAUGGCUCAUAUACAGACUAAGUUACUAUUGACCCUAUAAAGCUCACUUGAUUUUUCUAGUAGCAUGUGUUUCAGCAUACUCUAAUGGUAAAGGUGUUCUUUUCAAGUCUUUGCUAGGUACAUAUGUGUGCACAGACACACCAGGAGAAUUUGUAUGGCAGGCUGGGCCACUGCUACAGGCUGUACAAGCUGGGUAUUGGAUUCUCUUGGAGGAUAUUGACCUGGCUCCUAUGGAUGUGAUCUCAGUGUUAAUACCAUUGCUGGAAUCUCGUACACUGUCCGUGCCAGCACAUGGUAAUGUUGUGAAGGCAUCACCAGGGUUUCAGCUAUUUGCCACUCAGAGGUAAUAUGUUUUGUAUUUGUUGUAGGUCAAUCUUGGUUUGAAAUUUUUAUAACCAGUGUGAUUAUUUUUUAUUUUUAUUGUAUUUUGUAUUAAUUUUUUAUCUAGGUCAUACAGUGGUCGUUGUGGAUUCAGUUAUCAUGUUGCUAGUGCUAAUUCUGCUAUCUUGGAAAAGCUAUGGUCAAGAGUACAGAUUGAACCCUUUUCCAAGGAAGAACUUACAGAGGUAUCUUGAAUGAUAAAAUGUAUCUAACAAACAUAAUUUAAUUUAGUUGUAGAAUUUUCAAUGUCAUUUAUAGGCAUGAGCACUUCUCAAGGAACCUUGCAGAGAUAAACCUUUUGAACCCUUAAUAUAUUUCUUCUAAAAGUGAUUUACCUUUUAACUCCCGGAUCAAAUUUGUAAUUCUCCUUACUGUCAACCAUACAUUUCUUAUAAUGUAAGUUCAGAGAAUUUAGUAUUGGAUCAACUAAUUAUUCCCAAAUUGUUAUUUUUCUUUAUUCUCAUUACUUAUGUGGUUGAUAUUGUAUUGAUAUUGUAAGGAGAAAUUCUGUCUUGGUCACCUAUGGGAGUUGAAGAAUUAACAAACAACUUCUUAAAUUUCAAUUUCUUUUCAAAUUUAUGCUUAAUUAGAGAAAAACAUUAAAAAUCAACCCUUUUACCCCUACAAGUGACUAGCAUCUAAUUUCUCCUUACAAUAUCAACCCUGAAAUAAGCAUUAAGGUUAUAAGAAUGAAGGAAAUGAUCCUCAGCUAAAGAAGCUAUUAAUUGUUAUACAAAUUCUCCUUGCCAGUACCCUGUGAAAUGUAUAGAGAACAGUAUGGAGAAUGUGCAUACUGAUGUUAGGGUGUAAAGGGUUUAAAAGUAAAUCACUAACAAGUUUGCAUUGUUCAAAUUGAGUGUAAGGAAAUUCUUAUUAAUCAUUAACUUUAAAUAAUUUUAGGUGGUUGUCCAGAAGUACCCAGACCUUGAAAAUAUUGCAACAAAGCUGGUGGAUAUCUACUGCAUGUUAUCUGCAGAUCCACACCUUGUUUCCAGUGAAGACACAGCAAAGUGCUCUCUUCCUUACGAUAAGCGGCAAAGCUCUAGUAGAGAUUUAAUGAAGUGGUGUAGUAGAAUAGCUGUAACAGCUUGUGGUGCACCUAUGUUGCUUGAUUCGAAAGAGGUUUUCCUUGAAGCUCAUGACUGUUUCAGUGCUCCUUUACCAAAAACUUAUGAUCAAAAUUUGAUUGAUUUAGCAGUUGGUGCCAAGUUAGGCUUGACCAAAGAAAAGAUUGAAUUUUUCUUCAUGAAUUACAAACCAAAUGUUCAUACCUCUCCACUGUCAAUGACAGUUGGUAGGGUCACACUAAAAAAGAAAGUUCAUGAAAGCCUGGCAAUUUCUUUUGGUCAAAAUAACCUUUCUAAAUUUGCUCAUACAAGACAUUCUUUAGUGUUGCUCGAGAAAGUUGCAGCUUGUAUCAGAAACAGUGAACCUGUUUUACUGGUUGGGGAGACAGGAACUGGGAAAACAUCAACAGUACAGCACUUGGCAACACAGUGUGCAGUCAGUUUAAAAGUUGUAAAUAUGAGCCAGCAAAGUGACAGCUCAGAUCUACUUGGUGGUUACAAACCUGUGGAGAUGAAACAGAUUGUGGCUCCUGUGAGGGAAAAGUUUGAAAUGUUGUUUUGCAAGACAUUCUCAAGGAAACAAAAUGUGAAGUUCUUGAGUCAUGUACAGAGAUGCUUUGCUCAACAACAGUGGGAGAUCCUGUUUAAGUUAAUGAUUCAUAGUCAAAAAAAUGCCACAGAAAGAGUAAAGAAAGGUGAGCUUUGAUUGAAAUGUGUUCUUAAAAUAAUCAAACAUCUAAGUAUUUUAUAUAAAUACAGUGACCUAAUCUGGAAAGGGAAACAAAAAUGGACAGAUUAAGUAGAUUAAAAACUCACUAUAAAUUUAUGUUGAGGGUGGCUUGUUGUGAGCUAGGAUCCUAUUUACUAGGCUCAUAACAUUUAACCUUUUUUCAAACUUUUUUCUUUGUAAAUUGCAACUGUGUAUAUGUAGAUAAACAAAUGGUGAAGCUUUUGGUUGAGUGGCAAGGUCUGAUUCAGGACAUCCAGCAGUUACAAAAACAGCAGAAAAAUGCAGAGAGUGCAUUGGCGUUUAGAUUUGUGGAAGGAACACUUGUGCAGGCUUUACAAAAUGGUGACUGGGUUUUACUGGAUGAGAUCAAUUUGGCCACACCCGAGACACUGGAAUGUCUUUGUGGUUUGUUGGAGAGUUCAUCUGGAUCAGUGGUACUAAUGGAAAGAGGGUGAGAACUUUAAUUUGCGUUCAGAAAUAGAAUUGAUCUAACCUAAGAUGGUUAAUGCAUUCAGUAUAUGAGUAGGGUGAAAGGGGGAUCCUGCAUAAUUUCACACACAUCAAAAAUCAAAAUUAACAACACUUCUCAAAACAUUGGAUAAACAAGGGCUAUUGAGCUUUGUCAAACUUUCAUAACUAUAAUUAUGUAUCUUAGAUGCUUUGCUUUGCCAGGCCCUUUUUAAUCAAUUAUCAGCACUAAGCUGUCUCUCUUUCUAUAUUUAUUUUCCUAUAGGUUUAAAGGAUACAUGAUAAUAACAACUGAAAGUUUUUAUCUUCAGUGGAAGUUUUAAUUUUAGCAUUGAGAGGUUCAUAUCCCUUUUGUUUCUGAUCCAAUUCAUCACUUAUGAGAAGUAGUUAUCAUUAAAAUAACUGUGAUCUUGAAUAUGGUUUGCUGAUUUUAGGGAUGUUACUCCUACUGUGAGACAUGAAGACUUUCGCCUGUUUGCCUGCAUGAAUCCAGCUACUGAUGUGGGGAAGAAAGAUCUGCCUCCAGGAAUUAGGAACAGGUUAUUGAAUAGAGAGAAAUAAAAAUGCUUGAUUUUAUUUAAUGAGCUGUUCAUGUUUAAGAUGGAUACUUAUUUUUUUAGUCAAGAUAACAUCUUUCAUAGUUUGAAAUUUUUAAUUCAAUACAAUGAUUGAUAAAUCCUUUACAUCUUUCAUAGAAUGACCCAUGUUUGGAUGUGUCUGUUAUCCUGGCAGAUUCUGUCAGAUUGUUUAACUUUUAUAUUGGAGAUAUCUCACAAUUAACAGUUUCAAACACAUACAAAUAUGGAAAUUGUGAUAGUUUAAAAGUUGUUGUUGUGGACUGCUCCCUUUCCUUGUUUUGUGAUUUCAUGUACCCUACAUGCAUUUUUAUGCAUUUGAUGUCAUUUCAAUUGACUGUGUAGAUUGUUUCUGGUGGUCAAAUCACUGAUAAAAUCAACAUUUCUUUUAGUCUUGCCAAGGUGAACUCAAGUAUAUAAUUAUGUUUGCUUUUUUCCUUUUCAAGGUUCACAGAAAUCUUUGUCGGAGAAUUAGAGAGUACAGCAGACCUGAAAACCCUGGUUGUGGACUAUUUGCAAGGAUUGUCACCCAAUUCAGCCAUUGUGGAUGGAAUUGUUAGGUUAGUAUGUUAGAUUUUGGGUAGCACUGUUACUGUAGUGAAGUAUUUUACAGAGGAGUAAAGAUAUCGAUCACUAUUGCCAGAUUUUACCUCACAGUCAAGCAUGAAGCAGAAGACAAGCUGACUGAUGGCACAGGACACAAGCCUCAUUACAGGUCAGUAUCAAUCCAGUUUUUGAUCAAUAAUCUCAAAGUUAAGCUUUUGCUAUGUGUGUUUCACAUGGAAUCUUUUGAUCUCUCAACCUUUUAAAAGUGUCUAAUUUAUCAAUGUAUUAACUGUUCAGGUGAUUACUGUUCUAAGAACAAUUGACCAACAAGUCAGAAUUGCUGCAUGUUCAGUAACGUUAUAUCAAUAAUCAUUGCCUUGUUGUAGUGAAGUCCUUUCCCAAUAAUAAUGUCACUCUUAUAUUGGACAUUAUUUUUUCCAUUUUCUUUUAGUUUGCGGACUCUGUGCCGUGCUUUGAGAUAUGCAGCUAUAAAUCCCCAUCAGAAUGUUCUGAGGUCUAUCUAUGAGGUAAGUCACUUUUAUCUUACACUGAAACAAAUUUUUGGUGACUGCAAGACUGUUAUGAAGCCUUUUACUCUCACAUUAGAUAAACAUGAACUUCUUGUAACCUCUUAUAACCAUACACUAUUCAGCAAACAGAUGAUGAGAAUACUCAAACUUGUCACCAAACCAUCACCAAAUUCUCCCAACUGAUUUACAGAGAAAUGUGUCACAGCUGAAGGGAAGAAUAACAUCAGGUCUUGGCAGUUAAAGGGCUAUUGUACUUUGACUUGAUGUUUACUGUCAUGGGCUUUCUAUAUAGAUUAAAGGAGGUGAUUUGUAAUACAAAAUUUUGAUUAGGAAGAGGUGGUCUAUUCAUGAGCACUUUUGGUACUCAUACACAGCAACUCAAACCUGAGCUUUUUAUCUUAUCCCUUUCUCUCCAAGAUCUCACUAGUAAUUCUCCUUACUGUCUGCCAUACAAUUCUUAAGAUGCUAUCUCCAAGAGUUUGGUAUUGGAUCAGCUAAUAAUGCCCUAAUUGAUAUUUCCUUUUUUUCAUCACUUGUCUGCUUGACUUUUCACAUAAUUUUUUCCUCUUGUGCAGGGAUUUUGUUUGAGUUUUUUGACACAGCUGGAUCGUUCAUCACACCCCUCUGUCCAGUCUCUCAUUAAGCAUCACAUCCUGGGCCAUGUUAAUGCUGCCAGUAUGUUAAAGCAGCCCUUGCCUAAGCCACAAGAUUCUGGACACUACUGUAAUUUUGAAGGAUUUUGGAUUGCUUUGGGAAGUAAAGAACCUGUGAUGUCAAAUGAGUAUGUCUUAACAGCUUCAGUGAAGGCUAACUUGAAGGAUCUUGCCAGGGUUGUAUCUGCCAGGUAUUUGGCCCAUUCUUUAUCUGGAUUGUUCUAAUUAAAGGUACUAAAAGUGUCUGCAAAAUAAUUUGUUAUUAAUAGCAGAGGGACAAGAGGGAAACUAAAUAACUUUCAGUUACAUGAUACUGUUAUUUUUUGUUGUAGCCACCAUUUCCAAUAAAAAAACUCAAUGGAGGAAGGGUGUGAAUUUUACUGUAUUAACAGGAGAAUUUGUGCAUCAAUUUAGGGCUCCUUCAGCCAGUAAUCACUCUAACUUGUGACAUUAAUGUUUAAUUCAAUAGUGAAACUGUCAGGAGAAAUUCUAUGCAAUGUACUGUUGGGGGAUAAAAUGCCAAAAAAGGUUGAGAGAAUCAACUAUUACAUAACUAUGUAGCAGUGCUACAGGGUAAUCUAGCAUUAUCAACUGAGUUGAUAACAUAAAUUGGCCACCAUAAAGUGUUAAUGGCUGACAUUUCGAGCAUUACCCUUUGUCAGAGUGAUAGAUGAAGGGUUAAUGCUUGAAACAUCAGUGUUUAAACCCUUAAUGGCGGCCAGUUUAUGUAAUCAACCCAGUUAAUGAUACUAAUAAAAUUACCCUGCUAUACUUUCCUACUGAGGUAGCACCACAGUUUCUUUAGGAACUUACCCCUUUAUUAAUCAUGUAGCUGUGUUGUUGAUGUUGAGUUCAGGGUGUGGCCAAGGCUAUUUUUAUUCUGUUCACCAGCUGUCACAUUUUGUGGUGAAAAUGUACUGGAAGUUAAAUGGGUUCACAUGUCAGUAGGUUGAUGGAAAUGAUAAUGAUGACAGUAGGAAUUGGGGUCAGGAUCAGGAUCAGCAUUUUGAUAUUUGAUACAAUUUUGUUUCCAGGAAGCUUCCAGUUUUAAUUCAGGGAGAAACCUCAGUGGGUAAAACCAGUUUGAUUCAGUGGCUGGCUAAGGCAUCUGGGAACCAUUGUGUUAGAAUAAAUAAUCAUGAACACACUGAUAUCCAAGAAUAUCUUGGUUGUUACACGUCAGAUGAGAAUGGCAAACUGGUUUUUAAAGAAGGUAAGACUUGAUUUUAAUUCUUAUUAGGAAACCAUAUUUUUCAUGGUUCCCCACUUGUUAUAAAUGCGUAGAACAAAAAUUGAUUUAACUGAAAUAUAGGCCAGCAGAUUAAGUAGACAUUAAUGAGUACAAGAGUGAACAUCACUGACAGUGCUAAUAGGCCAUAUAAUUUCUGUAGGUGUUUUAGUUGAUGCCAUGAGAAAGGGCCACUGGAUCAUUUUGGAUGAGCUCAAUCUGGCCCCUUCAGAUGUCUUAGAGGCCCUUAAUAGGGUAAGUAAUCAAUGUUUUAGUGUUUGGUCAAGAUACCAAACAAAUUACUUUAAAACUGAAACAAUUAUAUGAACAUGUUCCUGUUUUAUUCCAGUGAUAUACUUUCUGUGAUUGUUGAACUGGGGAUCAUAGAUACAGUGAAUGAAAUACAUUUUAAAGUAAUAGCCUUCAAAUAAUGUUUCUCAAGAGAUUUUGGUGUGAAACUACCAACUUGUAGAAGAAUGAAUUGACUUGCCAGUUGUUCUUUAAUGUCACGCUUGAUUAUAAUAACAACAUUGAUAAUGAUAAUAAUCUUACACGCAUAAGAAGUACUAAUAUUAAUCAUGGUAUUGCUCAGUCUUUGCAAGAGUACUUAUUUUUCAUUUUUUUCCCUUUUUGUUAUUCUGCAGCUGUUAGAUGAUAACAGAGAGCUGUUUAUUCCAGAAACACAAGAAACAGUUGUAGCUCAUCCAAUGUUUAUGCUGUUUGCUACACAAAAUCCUCCAGGACAUUAUGGUGGAAGAAAGGUUUACCCUAGAAUUGUUUAAUCUGUUAUUUAAACCCAAAUCUAGCACCAAAUUCUUACAUUUUGGAGUGAAGAUUCUGCAUUGUUCUCUCUGUUGUGUAUAUUUCUUUCACCAUUGAGAGUUAAUUUAUUUCAUUUUACAGGUGUUAUCAAGAGCUUUUCGAAAUCGCUUCGUAGAACUUCAUUUUGAUGAGCUUCCCAGCCAGGAACUUGAGGUUAUUCUUCACCAGCGCUGUAGAUUACCACUGUCUUAUGCUAAGAAACUGGUGGCAAUAAUGCUUGCCUUACAAGUAUGUGAGCCACUUUAAUAUUGUAAUUAAAAAAGGAUUUAUUUACAAAGGACAACCAUUGACAGUCAGAGAAACACUAUUAAACCAGGGGCCCUUAUUAAAUAAACUUUAAGAAAUAAACUAGAUCAAACAGUAACAUCACUUAAUACCCUAACUAGUAGGAAGCAAACCAGUUGGAUAUGACAAGUGUCACAGAGGAGUCGAAUCCAGGACCACUAAGAAAGAAAUUCAUCUGGUGGUCAGAGCAAGACUUGCACUUGGGACCUCUAGAUUGCAAUUCUGCUGUUAUCACUUCUUCAUCAUUGCCUCAAUUUACAUAAUUAACAACAAGAUUCUAUUGACUUCAGGAGUAUUAACUUCUAUUUUGUGCUUUUACAGGCACGGCGUAGGAGUACAAAUGUAUUUGCUGGUAAACAAGGCUUUAUCACCCUACGAGAUUUGUUUCGCUGGGCAGAGAGGUACAGCAAGACUCCUGAUGUAGAAGGAAGUGGCUUUUAUGACUGGGAUCAGCACAUUGCAGAGGAUGGUAAAUAUUCAUAACAUCAAAACAUGCAAUUCAUGAGAUGCAUAAAGCCUCAUCUGUGCUCUGGCAACUUUCUUUAAAUUAUUUCAGCAAGUUUUCUUUUUUCGUAAUAAGACAGAUGUGUAUUGUUUACAGGUUACAUGCUACUCGCUGGUCGAUGCAGAAAUCCCUCAGAGUGCAAAGUCAUCCAGGAAGUUAUUGAAAAGCAAAUGAAGCGAAGUUUUGAUCCAGAUUCUUUGUUUGGGUAUCCUUCUUUGCAAAAGCAUUCUCACAGGGUCUCUAGUCUCAUGGAUGAAGUCACAACAGCGCCAUUGGAGGGAUUCAAACACAUUGUCUGGACUUACAGUAUGCGUAGGCUUGCUGUCUUGGCUGGAAGAGCCCUUAAGUUUGGAGAACCAGUUUUGCUUGUUGGAGAAACAGGGUAUUGUGAUGUAGUAGGGGUUGGCUUUAAGUGAAAUUGUUAGAGGAGUUGUGGAUGCAAUUAAAACUAAAAUGUGUUAUCAUUGAUGCAGUAACAUGAAAACAAUUGAUUUCCAUAUAAUCAGUGACAUGUGUCAAAUUAUGAUCUUAGUACCUAAGUUGUAUACAUACAAACCAUUAGACAUAAGCAGUGGUUAAUUAAGGAGGCCAAGGUAACAUAUGAGACAUGUUUCCAUAUCUUUUUGAGUACAUCCCAUCUCUUGUGUAUGGCUAGAGGCAUUACUACUCCUGGAUGUUACCAUUCCAUCAUGGGCUCUUAAAAAUGUUUUCAAAUUUCCCUGAUAACUUUCAGAACCCCAUUCAUGCUCUACAGUGGAGAGAUUUACUGUGAGAGUGAAGUGACAUGCCUAAGAAAAUGUUACAGUUAUCCUGGUUGAGCUUCUAAAUGCACCUUUUGAUGAGUAGUCCUGCCUGCUGCAUCUUGAGGAACAAAUCCAUGUUCAGUUGCACUCAUCGCUUUGUGUCAACAUAUCAAACUCAUGGAAUCCUUUUUAUAGUAUCACUGUGUUUGCCUUUCAGCUGUGGUAAGACCACCAUUUGCCAACUGUUUGCUGCUCUGUGGAAACAGCAGUUAUUUGCUGUUAACUGUCACAUGCAUUCUGAGUCUGCUGAUUUCCUUGGAGGUCUGAGACCUGUGAGACACAGAGGCCAGGAGGAACAGGUUAGAGGCCCUGCUAGCCCCAGUAGUAAUGGAAGAAUCUACUGCUCUUUCCAUAUAGCCAAAGCCCAUCAAAAGAAUUGCUUUAAUUUUAUAAGUGGAGAACUGGAUGAUUUAUUUUGUUGGUCUUUACUCUUUGUUUUUCAUAGUCUUAAGUGUCUUUCAGUGGGUACAAGUUCAUUUAAGCUGCAUAAAAGUAUAUGCUUUGCAUAGAUGGAUUUUUUUCAUGAAUAAGACAAGUUAUGUUACAUCAUUUCAAAGGAUGAGCAAGUUACCAAGCUGUUUGAGUGGUGUGAUGGACCACUUGUACAAGCAAUGAAACAUGGAGCAAUGUUCUUGGUAGAUGAGAUUUCUUUAGCUGAUGACUCAGUGUUGGAGAGACUCAACAGUGUGCUAGAACCUGAGAGGACUUUAGUUCUUGCUGAAAAAGGCAGUGAUGGUGGAGAUCCUGUUGGAGAAGAUGUUGCCAUGUUGGUUGCACACAAAGAUUUCAAAAUAAUAGGAACCAUGAACCCUGGUGGAGAUUUUGGCAAGAAAGAGGUAAGGUGUGUUGGGUCCUUACCUGAGUAUCUGAGCAAAUACCCCUCCUGUAACCCAGCAACAGUUAACUGAUAAUAAGUUAGGGUUUCUGUUGGGUUAGGGGAGGGGUAGGUGUGCCGUUGCUCAGAUACUGACAUUGAUCUGAUGUUUUUUCUGCAAUUUGGCAUUAAAUAUUGACAACGUUCCUUGUUUGUGCUAUGUGUUUAUUAAGACAUUUAAUAAUGCAUCUUUGAGUGUAAGAUGUGGGAAGAAUAAUUCUUAGAAACACUGUCACUAAAAUUGAUGUUGGUGAUAACAAUUCAAAACAGUAUUGUAUGUCAUGGAGGCAGGAACAUGGCAGUACAUGUGAACUAUUCCAUGUACAUGUAUAUUCAUUGAUGACCUCCUAAUAAAGUGAAAACUUACAACAUAAAAGGGAUCUGACAACUGCUUGUCAUAUCACCACAGCAAAUGCCAUCAAUAGUACAAUGGGUAAUCUUACUUAAAAAUUAUCCUCAACUGGCUGUUUCUAGGAAUCAGCAUCAGGGAAAAACAGCACUAAUGAUAAAAUUAGCAAAACAAAACAGCUAGUGAAGUUGUGUAUAUAUAAGGCAGCUUUUACAUGCUUGGAAAGUCAAAGUAUGUUUCUUUUUUUUUUUCUCUUGCAGCUAUCUCCAGCCCUUAGGAACAGGUUCACUGAGAUUUGGUGCCCACCUUCAGAUGCCAGGGCAGACCUGGUACAGAUUAUAGAACACAACAUCAAGCCUGGAGUUGUUCUAAAAUCAGCCUGUCAAGGUAAGAAGAUCAUACUGGAUGCCUUCAUUUGUGUCAUAUGUGGUGGCAUGGUGCCAUGAAGGCCUUCCUUAAGAGGUGCUAGAAAAACGAACACAAAAUGUUUUCCUAGCUUGCAAGUUGCCAUCUUUAAGGACAAGUAUUCUUCUGUUAUAGGUACAUCAGGAAUUGGAGAAGCUAUGGUGGACUUCAUAGAAUGGUUUCAUAGCUCAGACUUUGGAAAGAGGUAAGUUCAGUUUUUAAUUGUGAUCCCACAUGUUCAUUGCUGGUAUUUCAGAAAGAAUGAAUGGAUCACAGGGAAAUGUUAAAUAACAAUUGCCUUGUGUGUUUCAAGAGCUGAUAGACCUGUUUUAUGGCCUUGUUUGAUGGAUGUGAAAUAGUUGAGAAUAUCAUAUUACAUUUUGAAAACAGCAAUUACAAUAGGAAUUAUUCCAUUUCAAAUGAGCUCUCAAGGAUAUGCUGCAUAAUAUUAUCAACAACCAAAUAUCAGAGAUGAUAUCAUCAGCUUGCAAUAUCGAAAUUUUUUGUUAUUAAUAAUAACAAUGGUAAAAUUUUUCUCUAGAUUUGUAGUGAGCAUCAGAGAUCUGUUGUCUUGGGUGAAUUUUAUAAAUACAUGCAGUUUCUCAACAACUCUGAAUGGUGCAGAUGAAAAUACAGGUGACAAAGUCUUACUCUCAUCAGCCUUAGCUUAUGUUCAUGGUGCCUGCCUGGUUUUUCUGGAUGCCUUGGGUGCAGGGUCCAAUAUCUUGGUUUCAUCAUCAUUAUCAACAUCAGCCACAAUUACAUCUGCAACAUCAAGUGGUGUAAAAGACGUGUACCAAGCUUGCCUUGAAUUUCUGAAGAGACAGGUGGAACAAGAUGAAGAGGAAAUGCAAUGUUGUGGAUAUCCUAACAAUGCACAAAUGAAAAAUAUCAAUGAAAGACCAGAUUUUUUUGGUAUAUGGCCAUUUUAUAUACAAAGAGGUACAUAUGGAAAUGAUUUUUAGUCAGCCUUUUAUGUGGAUGUGCAUGUAAGUGGCAUCCAGGAGUAGAAGUAAUACUUCUUGGUUAUGAAGAGCUAAAGACACAGGGACACUGCUCAGUACAAGCAACCUGCAUUUGAAAAGAAUUUGGAUCAAUAAUGUCUUCUUUUCCAAGGAAGGACUUGUAAUGGCCCCCUGAUUUUAUCUUCAGUCUGAAUUAUCUAUAUUAUUUGAUACUGAAUAUUGUAAAUGAAAUCCUUCUUAGGACCACAACCUCUACCAGAAGAUUUUGGUAGCACCUACACCCUCAGCUCACCAACAACUUUACAAAAUGCACAGCGUAUCUUGCGUGCCCUUCAGUUACCUCGCCCUAUUUUGUUGGAAGGGUCUCCUGGAGUUGGCAAAACCAGUCUUGUCCAUGCCAUUGCUAAGGCAUCUGGCCAUGAAUUGAUUAGAAUUAACCUUUCUGAGCAAACUGUAAGUAAAUUGAUUUAUCAUUGCUGUCUUUUACUAAGUUAUUUUUGAGACCUUAAUGUUUGAUUUCUGCCGUGAUGCUGUUUGUAGAAGUAUGAUGCUAUUCAUUCAUAUAGUGGUUAAAGGGUUGAUAAGAAAAAUGUAGGAUACGUUCCUAACUUUGUUUGUUCAAUCAGUAUCAGCUUCAGGUAGGAAAGUAGUAGCAAUUUAUGUGUAGAUUUGUUUUCUGUAUUCAACUUCAUGCUCUUUCAUUGUUGUUAAAGGAUGUGACAGACUUAUUUGGAUCUGACUUGCCUGUUGAGGGUGGGGAAGCAGGACAGUUUGUAUGGAGGGAUGGUCCACUCUUGAAGGCACUGAAAGCAGGUUCCUGGAUUGUCCUGGAUGAGGUAUUCUGUUUUGUAUUUUUUUUCUUUUACCUCAUGAUGACUUCCUUCAGAGACCUAGAUUUUCAGGAAUUAGGUCUGCAAAGCAAGUCUGCAAGUGGGAAUAGGGAGGUGAUGCAAGGAUUGACUUGUAAGAAUGAGCCAGCUACAGAGGUAUCAGGGCAUGAUCCUGUUUGCAAAUCUUUUAUUUAAUUCUAUUUAAAUGACAGGAAGUGCAUAUAAAUAUAGCAAACAAGAUGUCUUCAAGCUAGUUUUAAGUACCCUGACAAACAGGUGGCCAAUCUUCACUGACAUUAGCUCUGUAGUUUUACUGAUAUAACUUUUAUGUAAGCCAAAAUUCUGAAAGGUUUCCAUUACAUGAUUUAAUUCAAGCUACAUGUAUGGUAGGGUAAUGGUAGAACUUCUCUCAGGAACUUUUAAUGAUGUCUUUGGUUUUGUGUUUCAGCUCAAUUUAGCAUCACAGUCUGUUCUUGAAGGACUCAAUGCAUGUCUGGACCACAGAGCAGAGGUGAUUCUGUUUUGUGUUAUUCUGUUCUCAACUCAGUCAGUGAUUUUGUAAGUUAAUCUCAGGAAAAAAUGUCAAUAACAUUUUGUUUAAUUUGUUGCAGGUUUAUAUCCCUGAGCUGGGAAUGACUUUCAAAGUCCAACCUGACCAGACAAGACUGUUUGCCUGUCAAAAUCCCUUAAACCAGGGAGGAGGAAGAAAAGGAUUGCCAAAGUCUUUCCUUAACAGGUUCACUCAGGUAAACUAAUAUUAUUCUGUCAAAAUGAUUUCAAUCUCUUUCUUUGACUAAGGAUUCUUUGUCAUCUGCAACAUUUUUAAUUCAAAUGAUCAAAAAUGAAUUUUUCUUUACAGUUAUUUCUCAAAAUAUUUCAAGCGGUAUGGUUUGAUUUGACACCAAAUUCUGAGGACUAAAUUUUAUCAAAAUGUAUGCAGAGAUAGGAGAUAUAAAGACAAUUGAAGAGACAUUUAGAUCUUGAGAGUGGAAGGGCUGUGGUUGUUUCUCAUAACCACACAUGUUUCUCAUUUCCUUCACAGCCCUGUGUUAAAUGCCAUUGGUUGCUAUAACGUGUAAAUGCUGGUACAUAUUAAAUAACUUAAUUAUGGUUUUCUCCUAGGUUUAUGUUGAGCCACUCUCCAAAGCAGACUUACUGUUCAUCACACAAGCUCUUUAUCCACAAGUAGAUCAGCACAUCUUGGAAAAGAUGGUGACAUUCAAUCAGCAGGUAGAUGUACAGUGUAUCACAAUAUUGUGUGUUAAGUAAAGAAGUGGUGUCAGUUCUUCUUGUAAAAGGCUAAUUGGCUGAAGGGAUGGUCCUAUUUACCAAUCAUAUGAAAAUAUAUACAGAGCUUGAUUAUUAGGUAAACCUUACCUUUCAGUUUUUAGUUUUUGUUGUUGCUUCCUUUGUUUAAGGAAGGUUUUAUUAUUUUCUUGCUGGGCUAGAUUCAUGAGGAGACUGUUGUGGAAGGACACUGGGGAAGGAAAGGUGGUCCAUGGGAACUUAACUUAAGAGAUGUGUUUAGGUGGUGUGAUUUGCUCAUAAAAUACCAGGUAUGUUUUCAUGAGUUUUCUUUCUGUGACCUAAUUAUUGGCACAAAAUAGGUUAUGUUGUUGGCAACAUUAAGGCCUACUUAUAAACGAUUUGCUUCCUAGAAUUGUGGCACUUGGAACCCUGGUCAGUUUGUGCAUCUUAUUUACUGUGACAGAAUGAGGACACUACAAGAUAAACAGAUGGUAAGACUGGUUUCUGUUUGCUUCUGACAAGAGUAAGUUUACCUUAGUAAGCUAAAGUAGGCCUUUAAAGAAAAUUUCCUUAGUACAUUAAUUCAGGAGCAGCAGGAUGUGUACAUGUGUAGUAACUCCUUAUUAAGUGUUUAUGAUAAUAUUUACAAGCACAUACCAGAAUUAUAUUUUUAGAAUUGUUUUAUGGAGUUAGAAUUGCUCUACUUGUGUUCAGUUUUACGGACAGUUUUAAAUGCUUUCCUAUCAAAGAAGAAAAAAGAGAGAAAAAUGAUGGGUCACCCCACUUGUCUCACAGGGGAUGAUGAUUCACUUCAGUGGCAAGCUCCAGCUAUAGAGAAACAACCCACAUUUAUUGGAUGGGUGUUUAUGUACAGGUGCAAAUUGCACAAAAAAAGUAGUGAAAUUGUGAAGUUGUGAGAAAGAGGGUUGCAUACCACAGAAUGAUCUUAAGAAAACCUACCAUCUUUUCAUCUGUUUUCUUAUUUGCUAAUGGAUGGAUUAGGUACUCAAGUUGUUUAAGUCCAUAUUUGAGAGUUCAAGACAGAUUGAUAAGAUUGGUCCUGUGCAAAAAUCAUUUUACAUCACACCAGGCUAUGUUCAGGUAAGUCUGUAAGGCAAACUAUCAACUUUGGUGCAGCAUGAGGAUUAACUCAAAGUUCUCCAACAAAAAUGAUCCCAGAUUUGUCUUUACAUCUUAUUAACAAUCCUUUGCUCAAGGUGAAGUAAAUGUUGUUGAAUAAUGUCCAUGUUAGGUUGAGGGGAUUACUCAACAAUAUUCACUGAGCCCGAGGGGAAGAAUUGUUUCAGUAUAAUUGCAUUAUUGCUUUUGAAUUCUGUUGUAAAUAUAUAUUUUGAUGCUAAAACUAUUCUGUUUCAAUUGUUCCGAUUACUUGUAUAAGAAAAGAGCCAGUUUCCACAAUAAUUUAACAGGUUCAUUUAAUUUAAUCAGCAAAAACUUUAUAUCUUUCUUUUGAAAAGUGUUACUCCAAACUUAGUAGCAUCUUUUGGGCUCUAGGGAAUUGAAUUUUUUUUCACAUUCAUCAGUUCCUUGGUAACACUGAUGAAACACAAUUUUGAAAUUUAGCACUCCUGAUCUAAUCACCUCAUGCGAGGUGAUUAUAGUGAGGUAUAGUGCAUUCCUUGACCAAUCAGAGCAUGUGUGAGCAUCUCUAUAAUCAAUGGUUGGAGCAAUGAUAUUAUACUAAUGACUAUUACUGCUCUCUUGAAAGGUUGGCCAUUCAUGGCUUCCAAGGUGUUCCUUAAUGAACCAGUCACCAAAUGGUGGAAGGCCCUUACAAUUGCUUCAUCAUUGUCUGCCAGCCAUGGAGUCACUCAUGACCUGUCUAGACAUGAACUGGAUGGCUGUACUGGUGAGUAUCAAUGCACCACAUGGAUAGUCCUUAGAAUAGUGUUCAGGAAAGUGCUAUAUUUUGGGACAAGACUUUUAAUUUGACAUUCCAUUUCAUUUGUGUCCCACAAUUUUGAGGCAGGUUCUCUUGUUUCUGUUUAAUUUCAGUUGCCUUUUAGUACAAUAAUGUUAUAUUACUGAAAUUUUGAAACUGAAAAAAGUCAGGGGAAAAAAGUAACACAUACAAUUCUACAUUUGUUUGUUGCAGGACAUUCUUGUGGUGGAAGUUUUCCAUUCCCCAGUGACAAAAGAUGUUUGUUGUAUGUGAUGUGUGAAACAUGUUUUUAAACAUAACAAGUUGUGCCCAAAAUUUGUCUUUUUGUUAACUAGGUUGGUCCAAGAUCUUGUGGAAAGACAUCCUUAGUCCAUCUAGUUGCCCAACUGACAGGAAAUAGACUUGAAGUGAUGGCCAUGAAUAGUGCCAUGGACACCACUGAACUUCUGGGGGGAUUUGAACAGGUACAACAUAGUGUUUAAAAAAAUCUGAAAUUCAACAUGCUAUUUGCCCAGUAGGCAAGGUAGCAUGAAAGCUGCAUGUCCAGCAGGAAGAUAUACUUACCUUUGACAACCAUAUGUUUUUUCAAACAUCAUCCUUUUGUUCCAUUAAGUUAAAUUGGUCCUAGAUAAAACUAAUGAAAGGUUGGCUGGGUGAGGAUGUAACAACUAUUAGUGUGUGUGGUUUUCUCCAUUUAUGAAGAGACAUAAGAGGGAGUGAUAGUAAUUUUCAUAAUUUUUGCUAAGGCUUAAUUUUUUGCUCAGGCUUAAUUUUUUUGCUUACAGGCUGAUCUGGACAGACAUUUGAGAGAUAUCAUAGAUAGAACCAGGCAGCUUAUCCCUACCAUAAUAAAAGAGAUUUUGAUCUGCAAUGAUCAGAUGGGGACAUGUUUGCAAGAAAUAUCGUCUCUGUAUAAGCUGUCGUCAUCCUUCUCAAGUAAUGACUCUGAAGGUAUACAUUCAGAAAUUAUGUGACUACCAGGGAAAUAAAACAUUUUGGAAUGGCUGUCAUUUACAGGUGUGAAAGGCUGCUGCACAUUUCCAAAUGUAGUUUGUUGGCAAUGUUAAAUUACUGUGGCUUGAAUUGUAUUUUUUUUUGUCUUUUCCCAAAUGAAGUAGAAUCAGGCAUGAUUUUGCAUCAUCAUUUCUGCUCCCUUUGUCCCACAAAGGUAUCAAGAAGUAAACUUGUUCAACAUUAAACUAACAUAAUAUUACCCCUUAAAGUAUUAUUACCUUAUGUGAAGCAUAUUAAUUCAGCUCAGCAUUCUGUGAAAAGUAAUUUACUUCAUAUGGUGUUGUCCAGGGGAUCAAGGAUGGAGAUGGUAAUAGAGAGGGAUGUCUACUGGGAUUGUGCAGAGAUAUAACAACUAUACUUGGCUUACCACCUGUUUAAAUAAAAGUUUUCCUAUGGACUUUCUUUCUAUAUUGUAAUUACCUUCGCUGAGGCUAAUGGUAUUUUUUAUCUUUUGCACAGUUUCUGAAGAUGAAAACGCUACAAUGCUAUCUCACAAGAGACUGGAUGACUUGAAACAUCUCCUUACAAAAGUUCAGGAGAUCUGUAGCAGCUAUGAAUUUGAUUCUUCAGAUGCAGGUUUGUUCUAUCCCAUAGUAGUUUCUUUUGAUAGCUCUUGUUUAUGGGGUCUCAUCAUGUACUCAUUUGCUGGUUGCUCCAGGGCUUAGUUUAAAAGCUCCCUGUUGGAACCUUUUGAUCAUGCUGCAUGUAGACUAACACAUAAUGAUGCUGAUGAUGUUUUGACUGCAUUGCUUGUUGAGACAAUUUUCUUGGAACCUUGUCUGGCCAUGACAAGAUGACAGGCUAGGUUUUUAAUCCACUCAGAGUUUGCAAAUGAAAUCUAGUUAAAUCAUGGAUGCUGUCUGCACACAAUGAACAUCUUGACACCAAAUUACUAAAGAUGAACAAACUUAUAUUCUGAGCAAACUGUACCAAAUAAUGUCACCCUUGGUUGUCAAGUUUCUCAAAGCUUUUGUGCUGGACCUUAAACUUACAAAGGCAAAGUCUUCUCUUGAACCAAUAGGCUACACAGCCUGUGCUAACCUCUUCACCUUAAAGGAACUAGGGGUAUUGUUAGUCCAUGGCAGGUCUCCUCCCAGUAUUUUGUCACAUUCCUUGACAGAAGCUAAUACUCUUUUAUAGUCCUGGGUGUGGAGAGACUCUGCAUGAGGGAAGUAUCUUGUCAAAAACACAACAUAAUAGUCAGGGGUGAAAUGCACAGUGGGCUUAUCUCUAGGCCAGUGGUUAUGCAAGGUCUUAAUAGUUGGUUGAUAUUUUCUUUUUUCUGUAGUUAACAUCAUGGAGAUGGUUCAGUCCUUACAAAAGAAACUCAGAGCCAACAAGGACAGUUCCCACUGUGGUGGACAGUUUGAAUGGGUUGAUGGACAACUUGUGGAGGCCCUCAAGUCUGGCUACUGGCUUCUGAUAGACAAUGUUAACUUCUGCAGGUAACAGAAAUAAUUGUAAGGAAAUAAGAAUUUGGCUGUUCUUCACCUGCUAAUCCCUAGGCAAAUUGAAACAUAGCAUCUGUGGGUGUAUAUACUGUCAAGCAACCACUAAAUAUCCUAUCUAAUGUUGAUGGUUGGUGAAUGAAAGGAAAACCAGGAGUUGAACAAUUUAAUUGUCAUGUUAAAUUCAAGAGGUUUUUACUUUUGUUAACUUUCACUUGUUUUCUUGUUCCAGUCCAUCCGUCCUGGACAGACUGAAUGCUUUGUUGGAACCUGGAGGUGUCUUAACCAUCGAUGAAAGAGGGGUUAUUGAUGGCCAAAUCCCCUCCAUCAAGCCACAUCCCAAUUUUAGGUUAGAUUGUAUUUAUGGUACACAUGCUUUGUAUUUACCAGAAAGCUGUUGCAUUUCUUGUGAUUUGUCAUGUGGGUUUUUGUCUCUUUUCAGGUUGAUUCUUGCCAUGGAUCCAAGAUAUGGUGAGAUCUCAAGAGCAAUGCGCAAUAGAGGAGUGGAAAUUUUCAUGUUGGGAGAGGUAUGUUAAAAUUGAGAUUAAACAUGAUGACCAGUUGGAGGUGUGGUAGCCCAUGGGUGUGCCAUGCAAGACAUUUCAAAUAGAGAGGUCCACUUUUUGGCCUUGUUUUGGGGUAGAAUUCUUUUCUCCCACACAUUACUUGCUACCUUGGAGUAUGUAUUGACUGGGCAGUCUUACAAAAUUUCAGGAGUUGUUAGUGUUAGAUUAACAACUCAUCCAAGAAGUGGGGUAGCAAUGUCUUGAAUGGCUUAAUGCAAACAGUUCCUGUAGUAAGACCAACUAUCUAGUCUCAGACUAAAUAUGAGGCUGGACACAACAAUAAUCAGCAGGACUCUUUUAAAAAAUGAAUGGCUGUAAAACUUUUCUUCUUGAAAGCAUGGAUAAAGUUUUCACAGCAGCACCACUACUGUUUUCUUGAAGUUUUCUGAAGUACAUUCUUACUUUUUGUAAGGAGGAUGAUGGGAAAUAUGAUGACUUUGAUUACCAAAUGAUGCUUAAUGGCCUUGGUAUUGAAGACAAAAGAAUAUGUGAUUGUCUUGUAGCUUUUCACAGAGACAAAGGAGGUAGGCUUCAUCACAUAUAAUGUAUAGUUUAAAAAAAGUAAAGCCUUUAUACAGGCCCAAGUGGCCUAUGGGGCCAGUGCUUAACUCCAGUUUCCUUAGCAUGAAGCGGCUAGGAGUAUUGCUACUCCCCCCUGGAUGGGAUGCUAGUCCAUCGCAGGGUUACCCCCAGGAUGUUUGCUGGUACCCAUUUGUACACCUGGGUGAAGAGAAGCACUGUGAGAGUAAAGUGUCUUGCCUAAGAACACAACACAAUGACCCUGGCCAGGGCUCAAACCCGGACCACUUGAUCCGGGGUUGAGCGCACUAACCAUGAGGCCACCAUGCCUCCACCAAUGUAUAGUUUAGCUCUACCUUAAAUGUUAAGAGAAUUAUGUGUUGGUGAUUCACAUAAGUGAAGUUGGAAGGUCUGAGAUAUGGUACCUCAUAGGCACUCAGAAGCUUCCCUCUGUUCCUCGUUUGGGACAUCAGUAUUUAAAAACGCAGGGAGAUACAUCAGUAUUUAAAAACGCAGGGAGAUUUCAUUAACCCUUUAACUCCAAGGAUCCAAUUGUUAAUUCUCCCCUCUGGCUGCAACACAUUUCUUUGUAGGUUAUUUUUGAGGAUUUGAUGGUAGAUCAAGAUAACAACUUCUACCUGAUAAGUUUGGGUAUUCUCAUCACCUGUUUGCUUAAUAAUGUAUGGAUAUUAUAGGGAGAAUUUACAUGUUAAUCACUUCUAGGAGUUCAAGGAUUAAAAAGAACUGUCAAAGAACUUAUUGGCUGUGUUACUUCUUUAAGGUUCUUUCUUGGAUAUGCUUCAUGCAGCCUCACUAACAAAGCAACUCCUUCAGGGAGGAAGGGAAGAAUUAUCUGCUGUUGCAACUUCUCUGAAUCAAGUUUACGCCAGAAAUCAAACUUCUGUGCAAAACAAACAGGUAUUAAUCUUUAAGAUGAAUAAGAGCUAACUAUGUAGUAUUUGAUAAGGCAAAUAACAAUUUUUUGUGUGGUACAUGAAUUUUUCAGUGGCUUUUCAUAAAUAUGACUCUCAAUUUUGAUCAAUGUCUGGGUCAUUAUUUUAUCAUCACUUUGGAUUAUAGCGGAGCUCGCAGAGCGUAGCCCAUAAUUAUACAAAAUAGUAGUAACCCAUCAAGCCGAAAAAUGGGUGUAAUUAAUCUUGUAAUCAAAAAUUCCAAAGCUAUCAAACUAUUGGCAGUUCCAAGUGGGUAAAGAAAAUUGUUAAUGGCCAGGAAGUCUUGAAUUGGUAGACAAGUGUUAUUAUAUUUCCAGGCGCCUUAGAUGGUCUCGGAAAGAAAUUUAUAGUUUACAGUGAGUGCUAAUGGGUAAAAAGAUACAGGCCUUCGCUUAGAAGCUUGCUGAUGCUGAUGAGGCAACUUAUUAAACAAUCUCGGUUGCUUGGAUGUUUAGUUCUUUAGAUAAAGUAAUGAAUAUUGUGUCUUUCAUCUGAGACAAUGAUUUGUUGUUUUCAGGAUGUCAAAGACCUUAUUAGCAAGCACACUAAAAAUUUGGGAAGUGCCGUCCAUUUUGAAUCUACUAUACUGAACUUUCCAUCGGCCCAAGAAUAUCAUGCAAACUCUGUUGUGUCAACAAUCAAACAACAGUCCUUUCCAUUGUUGCACAUUCUCCAGAAUGGCACAUCUGUGCAUCAGCUGGAGUCUGCUGUGCUGUUGUUUUUGGAAAGAGCAUCACAUCAUGACUGGACGUCUAGGCUGGGUUAUUUGCAGUCAGUGGUGGAUGUGCUUUGUGCUAAGAAGUUAUGUUCAUGUCAUCUAGGAGAUGUUGCCUCACUCUUGAAAUCCUACCUGAAGAGUUUUGGUGUAAUUUAUAGCAGUCAACUUAUGGAUAAACUCAGAAUUGGGUUCAAAGAUAUCCAGUCCACACGAUUUGGUAGGUAGCAAAAUGAAGUAUACAUUUAUCAGGGAGAAUCAAGGCAAAAAGCAUCAGUUCCAGAGGAUAGUGCUGUCACGGGGGUAUCCCAGUUUCUGUGGAAUGACCGUGAGAGCCAUUGAGAAUGACAUGCACACAGGUCCCAGUCUCCAUUGCAAUCAAUUGGCCAUUUCCAAUUUACCCUCGGCCUCAUUUUCAGAGCAAGUCCUGGUGCUCAUCCUUUGGUAUGAUUAUAACUUUUCAUUCACAUGUAAAUUAAACUCGUUUUCAUGCGAAUGGUCGAGCACCAGGCCUCGUUUUGAAAAAGAGGCGAAAGGUAAUUCGGAAAUGGCCAAUUGGAACUCAAUGGAUAUCCCCCAAUUAUCUCUGGUCAUUAAGAGUAUAGUUUAUGGUGUUUUCCUUGCUGACCUAAGCUGUAAAAAGUUCCUUUGACGUUUCCUUUUAUGUAUUUUUGUACGUAUUAUACUUCAUGAUUUGAUUUGAACACGAGUUAAACAGUUAUGAUUGGGUACUUUACAGAUUUCCGCAUGCUUGAACAUCUCCCUUAUGACCUAAGACAGAACACAGAUCUUUUCAAUCAUCUGAGACAGUUUCCAGUUAAUACUGCACCAUUGGAAAGGGCUUCAGGCUUGGCAAACAGGUACCUCUAUUCGCUUGAAAUUAACUUUAACAGUAACUUACUUACUAACAGCCCGUCGCACCUCUUGGCUCUUCUUUAUCCUGGACCCGCUUCUGGAUCCUUUCCAACUUCUAGUGUAUGGCUUUCACCUCCUCCUUGACUGUCCGCCGCCUAGUUUUUUGUCCGGUCGGCCUGUCUUUCUCUUUCCCUCUGGGGUCUGGUGGAUGGCCACUUAAACAGUGACAUCCCCAAUUAUGACCACAUCAGCUGGGCCAUUAACUUAAAGUUGUCGGGAUUGCCGCCACUACCAAUAACAGUUUAAUUUUCCCAAACAAGUCACUAUUCAAAAGGUCUUUUUUUUUUCACACUUUUGUACAAACCGGCUCACGAUGAAAACGAUAUGCUUGAUUGCACUCACAUGGACAAGUCUGUCAAUCAAAAGUCUUUAGUAUGUUCGGCCCCAGUAUCUGACCAAAAAAAAACACCUGAAUAAUUAUUGAUUAUCUGUGGCAACCUCACAAACCAACUUUUCAGUAGAAGUAGGAUUAUGGGCUUCCGUACAUAUUGCAGAGAGCUGGGAAGUUGUAAUUUUUUAACGUAUUUGUUCAUCACUGCUGCUACUAGUUCAUUUAUGCGACUGCUCUGUAUUGAGAGAAAAUUGGUAUAUUUUAAGUUACAAUAAGAAAACAUGUAGUGCAUGUAAACUUGUGAUGAUUUAUUUGUAUAACUUCUUGUUGUGACGAUCUUUUUGUAGGUUGUCUCUGUUAGAAGCUAAAGCCAGACAGUGUUAUUCUUUUGAAGGAAAGAUUCAUUCAUCUGGAACUUUACAAAGCGGGAAUUUGAUUCAGCUUUGUAACGCUUUUCAUGCUGGUAGGAGUAUUGAUAAUGAGAGAUAACAUUACCGUGGUCUCUAUCGUAAGAUUCUCUAACAACCUUUGGUUUAGUCUUUCAUUUCAAUUACAGUGUUAUUAUACGUUGCCAGAUAUCUUUCACCUAUUCCCAAAGCUCUACUCACUGUUCGUGUCUUUGUAGGUCAGUUGCCGUUAGAAUCGCUUCCUCACCCAGUUGUGGUACAUCUGUUACCCUUCUUUAAAUUGCUGGGCUCUGUUAUGGACAGUUGUAUCCAUCAAGGAGAAACUUUCAGUGACAGCAACUACUGGAUGGUAAAAUCUUUUGUUAAUUAAACUCAACAGAGCAGUCCUUUUGAUUCUAAAGAUAACCAUAACAUGCAGUAAUCAUUUAACAUAGGCUCCAUGAUCACCUUGACUGUAACAACUGUUGCUAUCAAAACUGGAUUGACACUACUUGACACAGUGUCAUACAUUAGAUGUCUACAACGAUAUCUCUCUGUUAGGAUGUUAUGGUGGUGUUUAUUAAGUUCUGUUUUCUGGUUCUUUAACCUCUGAUUUACAGAAAAAUUUAAUUCCUAUUUUACUACAGGUGGUGGAAGGACUUACUUGGUUGGACAGGCUGUGGACCAUGUGCGAGAAACAAACCAGACAGAAUUUCUCACUCUCGUUUCUCUCCCUUCAUUGGGCCUGGGUUGAACAGUACACAUUACAUUCUGUUCAAACAGCAUUUGGCAACUUUACUGACAGGUAACGGCUAUCACCUAACUUUCAAAGUUAGGGUUUUAAAGGGCGGUUGGAGAGUAGCACAAUUAUUUCCAAUCACUGUUGCAUUCAUGAUUUACUAGUUCGUUUUAGUUCUCUUUUUUCAAAAGCAAACAAAACUAAGUGAUGUGUUGUAAACCGAAGACAAGCACAAAGAUUAUCAUCAUAGAUUGAUUCUUCCCCUUGGUUGUUUAUUUAUUUACUAUAAGGUUGGUGAUUUGAUUGCUCUCUGAAUAAUCGUUGAAUAUAUUUGAUUUGGCAAGAGGUACAGAUUUUUGUUCUGGACUUAGUUUACUAAAGCUUGUGGCUGUAAUGUGAACUUUUAAAGACAGAAAAAUUGAAUGGCCCGUUAUGCAUGCAAUUCUUUUUGUGAUAUACCUGCAGAGAAUUACCAGAAGAGCUUGUUACAGUUGUAAAUCACCUGCAAACGGUUCUAGCCACAGACAGGAGAGUGACUGAAGCCUACUUGCGAAUCCUGGUUGCCUUUGGGCAUCCUGCACCAUUUAAAUCAAGAAGUGCCUUUAUGGUCUGGGUAAGCUAUUUUGAUUCGGUUUAAACAUUUGCUAAUUAACAAUUAGAUAACUCAGGCGAUUCAAAUAUGGUGAGCGAGGCGCCAACCAAAUUGAACCGUUUUGAUGGAAUGCUGGGAGAUUUCUACUAAUUACAAAGAGCUACGUCUGCCCAAUAGCGAGUGCGUCGGACUUGACAUCUAUCGAAAGGCUCAGGUCUUAGCCUCCAUUGAGUUUUGCCGAGUGUUAGAUCUCUAAGCUAGUACGUGCGCUAUGACUGGUCAAUUUGGCGGCCGCAUUACACUGUACAACCUGCAAAAUUAUUUGAACUGAAAUCAUGCCGCCCUAUUUGAACCCAAGCUUGCAAUAAAUAUCUUACUAAUCUGGUUUUCUCGGAUUGUACCGUAAGUUAUGGAAUCUUGUUCUUCCGCUCGGAUUUAUAUGGCCUGUGCGCGUCGCGCUCCGUAACUUAGUGCACUGACCUUGAACCCGGUUAGUAAAAGGUCUGCAUCCUUUGGUAUCUGGUCGAGGUGCUCAUGGCCUCUCAGGUUUUGCAAACUUCCAAGAAAAGCUGGAGAAAUUGUAAUCUGUAGGGGAUUUGCGUCCUAUCCAGGCGAAGUAUCCAUACUUGCAGUCACUUUAAAGUAAAUAAACGGGGAUAAGCUGUGACAUCUAUGCAAGUUAGCAUGUGGAACACUGUCAUGUUAAGGCAAAAUUUUAUAUAUGCUGUUGUCUCAAUAUGUUACCUGUUUCAUGUUUUCAGUAUUAAAACUGAACAAGCUAUUGUUCUAUCUAGGAAAAAACGCAAAGUCUUUGUGAACGGUUUGACAAUUACUGCAACAGAUCAUGGAAUCGUCGGUUUGAAGAGGAGCAGCAAAGCUGCAAAAAUGCAGAACUGAAAGGCAAGCUGGCAGAGGUUUUGAAAAUAAUGCUGGACAACACGAUGAAUUUGAGUGAAGAAGAAUAUUCACAAUGUGGUGAGUAUUUACUCUGUUUUGUAUUGUGUAAACCACUUGUCCUUCGUUGACAAGGCAGAUAUAAACGUAUUUGAUAGAUCAAAGAAAACUUCAGAAAAUUUAGAGUUUAAAAUACAUGCAUCUAAGAACGCAUCCUGUCUAGCAGGACUUAAUUUCAUCGAUCAGACAUGCAAAGAAAUGAAAACUGGUCUUCACGCAACGCUCAACUAAAUCUAAACUCCCAAGAUCCGAUUCUUAAUUCUCCCCUCUAGCUGCCAGAUAUUUCUUUGUAAAUUGGUCAUGAAAAUUUGAGGUUAGAUCAAGAUAACAACUUCUACCUGAUAAGUUUGAGUAUUCACGUGAUCUGUGUGCAGGAUAAUGUAUGAAUAUUAUGGGGAGAAGGUGCAUGUUAAUCACUUCUGGGAAUUGAAUAUUACUGUUUGUUUUAGGAUUACUUUUCACUUGUCAUGGGUUCGUAUGAAUUAUAGAAUUGAGCAAUGAGUUUGACCAUGAUUUUUCCAUCCAAGUCAACUGAUAAGUGGAUUUUAUUUUCUAUAAUUCUACUGAAUUAGUUGACGUCUACAUUUCACUUGUGUUUUAGACUCAAUCCUUUCCAGUGUGGAAGAGACAACUAGCAGAAACCUGGAAUCUACACAAGAGAUAAUGACGUCAGAUGACAACUCCUCUGAGCUAGACCAGGCAAUGAGCGUCGAUACAAGAAUGAAUGAUGUGACACUAAAAAAAAUUAUGUCGCUCAUGUUUGGCGAUGUUUGUUCUUUGCAAGAAGGUCGUGUCCUAGGGUCUUUGAUUCUGGCGCUGGCAAAUCAAAUGGCUAGAGGGUUAGUUUUUUUGCAACAAUAUUUUCUUGUCUCAUCUCAUUGGUAGCACGUUCACAUUUUUUUUUCCUGAGCGUUGUUAUUGUCUUCGGAUCAAAGGUAGAAUCUGAACAACUUGGCAACUACCCCUCCCCCUUAAACGAACAACAGCCAACUUAUAAAAAGUUAGGGUUAGAGUUGGGUCUGGCGGGGGUGGGAGGAGGGUGGUGGCUAGGUGCGCAGUUGCUCCGAUACUGACAUUGAUCUUUGUCUUUUAGGAGAGAUUGAUUUGUUUCAACUUCAUUCUGCAAGUCUCUUUCAUUUCUUUCUGGUUUCAACCUCCUUCGAUUCUUCCCUCCUACUGUCGGUUUUAAUCCAAAGAAUAUGUCUUGGAAAUAUCGAUAAUGAAUGAACUUUUGUCAAGGCUUCACACCCAUUCCUAACGUUACUAAUGAGAAAUACUCUUCAAGAAAAGGUAAAACCAAGGCAACUAUUCUUUAUGCACUGGUAGCAUACUUGUCACAAUACUUAUUGCGUGGCUAUGCAACUGAAAUAGUUUCCUUACAGGGCAACUUCCUUGGACAAUGGAGCCGUAAGAGAUGAGAUAGAGGCACUCAAAACAUAUCAUUUGAAAAAGAGAAUUAGAGAUCCAGUAAUACAGGCGAUAUUCUGUCACUUGGGAGGUACUCUGAGCAAGGUAUGAACGAUUGCUUAGAUUCUAUUCCACCCAUCAUGAUUUUUCAUUGUUAGAGUUGAGCUUUUUGUUUUAACACAAGUCGCAAACAUGAACUGUGUUUUUUAUUUCUCAAAAUAUAAUAACAACUUUUAAAAUACAAGGGAUAAGGCGUUAAAAAUCGUCGGGGGGGGGAGGUCAAAGGGUUUUUGGAGGGGUUGCAUGGUUUUCAGAGGCAGCGGAGGGGGAUCAGUCGUCGCUGACAGAGUAUUAAGGGCGGACUAAAGGAAAUUAACUGUCAAUUUUGGAGGAUCGUUAGAAUACUUAAGAGGUUUAGGGAAGAUCAGGUAAAUUUUAUCGUGAAAUUUCCUCCCCCCCCCUUCUGUCUAUAUAUAAUGACCAGUCCUAAUACUGCUUUUUCACUGGCAUUGCAGGGCAACAACUUAAACUCACAUUUCUCGUCCAUCUUCCGCCUGGUGGAGUCUGAAAUACUCACAGAGUGCUUCAUGUUGGAGAGCCGUAAGCUUUGGGUGCAUAGUAACGAAGGCAAAGAAUCAAAUGUUUUCUCUGUUUUGGGCGGAGCGCGAAAUCUUUUGGAUAGCGUUUCAUCACGGAAGUUGGUUGAAGAGGGACAUGGCAGCUCUCUCACUUCUUUGACAAUUCACAACUACCACGAAAACCUCAAACACUUGGAAAUAUUAUCAUCACACUUUUGGGUCAAUGGUGACUUGCUUGAUUCCCACAAUGAAGUGGAUCGGUAAGUACCACAAGGGUGGGGUCUCUCUUGUGUACAAUCUUGUUUCCAUUUUAUACUUAAAAAUGUACCUCGUUUACAUUUAAUGGUCUCUGCUGGUAGUGGAAGCGUUUGUGUUUAAGAAUUGUUUGGAGGUCAAGAGAAGAUUGUAAAUUUUGUCUCCUACUUUGGCUUUGGCAAUCCAACUAUUAUUUCUUCACAUUACGCUACAGUGGUACCCUAUAAAAUUGUAAUGCGGACUGCGUUCAUGUUCAUUUGCAUUCUCUGAUGAUUCUUCUCUGAUUUUGAUUUGCUAUUUUAUUUUCAACAUAAGAUCUCCUGGUUGCCCUGCUUACAUUUUUAUACUUCCCCAGUUGUGGACUUUAUUAGAUAUUGAAAUGAAUGAAGCACAAAACCAUUAAAGUACUUCAGUUGAACCUAAUAAGAGUUUUGUUUUACCUUGGGUGGAGACUUAGAAACGUCUGAAAGAAGGGUUGGUGUAGUUGUUACUUUCAUCAAUUUCUCUUUUUUUCUGUAGGAAUUCAAGUAUAAAGUUGUUCAUCGCCAAAUGGUUUCAAGUUCUUUUGUCAGUCAAAGAAUCCCUCUUUCAAAGUAGAGAUAUGGGGAUCGCUAGUGUCAUUAACAGAAUAUUACCAAGUGUCUAUGAAGAAGAUAGUCUUUUGCAUGGCAUUAACUCUGUGGUAGAUGUUUUGAAGGAAGUUGUGCAAAUUGUUUCCAAUGCUUACAACCACUGCACUGGCAACGUUAAACAAGCAGAUUCGAUGUGUAAUCUUCUGACUGCGUGUCUCGAAGGAGUUUCUCGGCUUCCAGAAGAAGCUCGGGGUAAGUAAUUGUGUCAUGUAGCAGUAAGUUUUUACAAUCACUGUUCAUUCAUUUGUCCGCAGUUCGUAACCGGAUGGUAUCAUUAGUUAGAACAAUCUGCUCUUUAGGUGUAGAAUCAAACUUUCAACUGAUCAGCCUUAAAAAGGUCAAAUUGGUUUUAGAAUUGAAUUUUUGAAUGGAGUCUUGCGUCAAAUUUUCAAUCCUUCGGCUGUAGAGUUUAUUGAAGUCAAUAACAUUGUGAACAUUACAGUGAUCAGCUGAAGAGCUGGUUAAGGAGGGAAAUGUUGAAAUCAAAAUUGCAUUAAAGAGCCAAGAUUUUAUUUCAUUGACUCAUUUGGAGAUCGUCCAGAAAGAUAGGCUGCACAUCUGAUCUCAGCGACCUGCAGGGCCCAGUUAUUCAAAGGGUGGAUAGCUCUAUUCAACGGAUAACUGUUAACUCUUUAGCACCCACGAAGGACCAUGGUAGAACUUUUCUUUACAAUGUCAAUACAAUAUCAAGAAAACAAGUGACGAGAACAAAGAAAAAUAUUAGUUAGGAGAAGUACUAGUGAGAUCGUGGGAAUGAAAGGUUUAACAACGUACUGCAGAGUGAUAGAUGGAUAGUGCAGAGCUAUUCACCCUUUGAAAAACUGGAGCCAGCAGUUUAUUUCCAAUUUUCAUGUUCUCAAAAGACAAAUUUUCUUUUGUAGCAGAUGACACAGACGUGUUUUGGGACUCCAUUUGCCUUGGUGACAUGUGGACUGAACUUGGCUUAGUUCAGUCAUUGAUUCUGUCUCCUGUCGGACCCGUGGAUCCUGUUGAGAAAACUAGGAUUGAACUUGAGUACGUUAAUAGCGAGGUAAGUGUACGUUUUAUGCGCAGUCGUAUUUUUUUCAGAAAAUAAUUUUUAUUUCCUUGUUUGUAUUGUAUCACGUAGUCGUUUCUUCAAUGUUACUAUUUCGCUCUUCUUCUUUGGCAAGCUAAUUCUUGCAAAUCUUUGAAAUUCCUAUAUCCCAAAUGCCUUCAUAUGCAGAUCUUUCAAUUUUGAGCAGGUUCUAGUUGACACAAGAGCACUCGGGUGUACACAUUCCGCAUUCUUUUUAACAGAUUCAAAGAAUCGAAGAGGAGUUAAAAGUGAGAUAUUAUGCAGAGGAAAUAUGGAGAGGAGUGAAGACUUCUGUUGAUGAUUUGGAAGCUCUUGUUUGUGAUGAACACAGGAGUGAAUCACAAUUAACAUCUAAUCCAGUACGGGUGGGGCGAUUGUUAACUAAACUUAAAAAUCUCAGAGUGAAAGCGGAGAACCUGAGUAAGAAUGCCGCCAUCAGACCAGACAUCUCGCAGGUAUGAAAAAAAAGGUGUUCAAAGAAUGGACGGGAUAUUAGCUUUUGAUAGCAGAAUGCUACUCUUGUAUACUUGCCAACUACAACAAAACUUACAUGAAUGCAUUAACACUUACUUGAAAAGAAAUCAACCUGGUAUGUGUGGUGAGGACAGCAGCCUGCAGUCAGUUUUUUGGGCAGAUUGACGAAGUUUGUAGAAAAAGAUAGCAAAGUACUUGUGAUUAAAUUUUUGUUGUUGAUAACUUAUCGUUCAUGUUGUUUUGUGUAGACUUACAAGAAGUGCCCCUUUAUUCUUAGCUGUCUUCGAUGUUUGAGCAUCUGUCGUUUUGUUGCAUAACAACCGGGUGCCUCUGCUUCCUGCCAAUUUUUGUUACAAUGCUUCAAGAACCUUUGUUAAUCAUUUACGCUUUGCAAUGUUUUUUGUUUUCAAUCAGUUGUAAUUAAGAAAUUUGUGUUCUUAAUAACUUUCAUAGCUGACAAUGUCAUUGGCACUAGAUGAAAAUAAAGUCGAUAGGUCGCGAAAAAUUCUCGUCUCCACUCCUCUUUCGGGCUCGCCACUUCUUUUGGGGGCUCGACUGCUAAAAUCUUCCACUAAAAGGCCAUAAACUUAGGCUUUAGUCUUAACGGUAGCUUGAGUUCACACAUUUCUGUUUCAAUUAAUUUUAUAAUGCAGUUUGAUGCUAUUCUUGAUGAAGUGAAACACUUCCUGCACACUGUUGGUGAGAUUAACACUGUUACAGACCUAACAACAUCUAUGAGAGAGCUAGCAUCACAGCUUUAUGACUCACUGAAGAAAGGUGUUAAUGGAAACGUUUUGGCCAAUUCUGUCACCUCAGCUGUUCAUAAGGCAAAAGCUUGGUAUACUUCUGUGGAAAGGGUUAUCCAAAAGCUGAGGAAGGACUAUCCACUGUACUGUGAUAUUUUAGGACCCUUUAUUGCUGGUGUAUCUCAGGUAAAGGAAAAUGAUAAUUUUUGUUUGUGACUCACAUUAGGGUCUUUUCAUAGUUGGGAGAGUACGCCUUACCCUGGGUCACUCUGUUGUGCUCUUUGAUGGGGAGACCAUCAUAACCAACAACCUUACCAUACUCUACCCUACAUUACCCAACCUACCUUGCCUUACCCUGCCUACCCUACCCUACUCUACUUUACCCUAACUUACCCUACCUGACCUACCCUACCCUACUCUGUUUUACCCUUCCUUACCCUACCCUACUCUACUUUACCACACCUACCCUACCCUACCCUAGCCUACCCCACACUACCCUCACCUUACCCUGUUUGACCUACCCUACCCAACCUUUCACCAACUAGGAGUGGAUUCGGCAAUUGUGAUCUCCAGAUGAAAUUUUGGGGGAGUAAACUGGAUUGAGUCAGCGUUCCAUUCAGUGACAUUACAAGCCGUGCUAGUUCAGGCUGCACUUGACUCAUAUACUGAGUUUCACUUUUCUGAGCUUAAAAAGAAGAUUUGAAAAACCUUUAAUCUCACUCCUCUUAAUUUUUGUGUUACGAUCAAUCUAGGUCAUGUAUGGUGUGUCCCUUAUGUCAUCAAACUUAUCAACAUUGUUUCAAUACUACUUAUUUCGGGCUCAACUUACAAUGGGUACAAAUAUGCAGGUAAGUUCUGUUUAUCAGUCUUCAUGUUAACUCACCAAAAAAGGGUUUUGGCUAACCCAAGCCACCAGUAUUAAUUUUUCAUCAAACAGUUAAGAAAUAUUCCCGUAGCUCUCUCUGAUACUUCUUUUGUUAUUAAACUUCUCUCCCUUUUAUGUAAAUGGCUUGUUACUAGCAUGCUUUUUAAAUGUGCACAGAUUGGACAAGAUUAAAACUGUCUGCAAAUAGGUGUUACUUGGUAAAACUGGAAAAAAAUUGACCCACUAUAUCGCGUUGCUUUAGUUUCUAUGAAUAAAUAUUUGAGCAGAUUUCAUAAAGAGGCCUAAAAAAGCACUACGUAGCCCCUUCCCGCCCUCACUACACAAAAAGUUUGACAUCGGAUUAUGAUAGGUUGAUACCCAGAGAUUAUCGUAAGGUCCGUCGUAGUCACAAAUUGUGGGGUCAGUGACCUGCCACACACUGAUUGUGAAGGGGGGUCAGUAAUCACAGUAUGCAUGAAAUAAAAAGUUAGACACCAUCCCAAGCCAUUAUGUGGUUAAGAUUUGCCAAUAGAAGACUUCUCCCAUACCCAUUUAACGUUCAAAUUUAAUAUUUGAUUCAAAUAAAAAGAACUGAACGAUGAUAAAAAUAGUUAAAACUGCAGUAUUUUUCCAUAUUAUCAUUCAAUCGUAAUAGUGUAGUGGACCGGAUGUGAUAUUGUCAUUUUGUGAGUUUCCUGUGUCAAGUUCCUUGUCCUGUUUGGAUGCUGCAGUUUCUCUAAUGUCCCCUUCUGUCGAUGCUUGCAUACAAGGUAAUGAAUCGUUGGUGUUACUUUAUUCUUUUAUCAAGCUCUGAGUGUUUGGAUUGUCAGCUUGUGGCAAUUGUACGACUAAGGAAGGCUUUUGUUUUAAGUUUUUGUUGUUUGUAUAGUAAAUAAAAUGUUUUCUUUUGGUCGCAGGCUUGGUUAAAUAUCUUCAAGUUCGUGAAACAGCGGCUCGAACAUCUGCAUUUCUUUCCUUCAGGUACUAUCAGUUGACCCUUGUAAAAAGUGUUACUUUUAGCAUGCGCGGCCAACUGUACCACGGGCACUAUCUUAUAAUCAGUCCUCUACACGGACACGGAGAAGUUGCGAAUGAAAAUCCAUUAAUAUUACCACGCACUUUAUCCAUAGUAGGGGCCUUAAUUUUGUUGAAGAGACUUGCGGGGAAAAAAUGCGUGCUCCGCUUUUAGGCUUGCCUAAAUCUAUAUAUUAUCAUUUUACAUACAAAACUCACCAUAGAUGAAACUAAAUCAAGAAUAAACUGAGUCAUAUCGUCUGAAUUUACCUGUCACAGGGCAUUACGGCUGUCAGUUCUCCAUCUGCGUAACCACUCCAUCCAACAUGGCUUCCUCGAUAAAAAACUUUACCGAGCAGUGGUUACAAUUCUGGAGAUUUUCCUGAACAAGUGGAAAAUCUUCAAAGAGGAAGAACGGCAGCGAGAGGAAGAAGAAGGAAGUUUGUUUAAAUUCAAGAACAAAACACACGGCGUGAGUCUUGGUGACGAUGAGGAGAAUAAAAGAGCCAUAAGCAAGGCGUUCCCACGUUUUGAUGACGACUUCAAGGAUGUUAUGGCUCCCCAGGAUUUGAACGAGAAAACUUUUGUCCCUCAGGAUGAAAAUGCUUCAUCUUCAUGUGUAGUUAAGUCGGAUGCCGAACUAUUUAUGGAGAACGUUCCUGAUUUUUCAGAAUUGAGGAGGCUGCAUGAAGAAACUUUUUGUCGGCUUCGACCCAGUCAAGAUUUCGCUUUACAUGAAGCAGACUGUUACCGACCAAAUGACUCCAUGGACUCGUUGUAUUUGGAAGCCUUCAAGUGGGGUUACGAAACAGCGUCAGUGAUGGAUGCUCUUAUACCAUGUAAGGAACCCAUGGAAAUAGAGAACUUGAGAGAUUUUUUUUUUAUUACAUUGAAUUUGUACUCAAUUUCCCCUAAGACUUUUUUAAUUGUAGGUUAUAAGAUUUGCCUUUGGCUUUUUAAAUGUUUAGUUCAUAGUCAGGUAUUACUCAUACUUCAAAACAUCCUAUUUGUUGUUUGUUUUACGUCAACUUAUGUACUGUUAAAUUUGUGACUGAGCAGAUCAAUUAACAAGGAAUGUGUUAUCUUGCUGCAGGGUCGCAUGCGGACAUGAAAACAUCUCGAUCACAUCUCUUGCAAAGUUCCUUUUUGAAGGGUCAGUUCCAGUCAGACAGGACAGUGAAGGUACAAUGUUACAACAAUCGGGCAAUUUCCGAUUGAGUGUCGAAAGUAAUCUGUGAUUGCUUUGGUUUUGCUUUAUUUCUUGCUGUCAUUAGUUUAUAAAACUCGUGCCAAGCAAUCGCGACUUCGUCACUCGCGGUUGUCUUUCGCGGUUUUCUCACGUACUCCAGGCGGUUUUAAAUAACGAUGGUAACCUCACUGGUGUUGGUUUUAAUGAAAAAAAGUUUCAUAAAAAUAAUGUAGCAAAAACAUCCUUGAAGUGAGGCUGAUGUAGGUCUUGAUUUUGUUGAAGUAAAUUAACCUCCAGGAAUGAAAAGAGAAGUUAAAACAACCGAAGAUGUUUGAGCCUUAGGAGGUUUUAAGGUCAUAAUGAACUUUCAUUUAGUUUCAUUGUGUAGCAAUUUAUUUCAGUCUCUACUGUGUAGUGGAUGAUAUCACUUAGUUCCUGCGCAAACACUGCGCUGCAAAUCUUAUGACCUGUUCUACAAGUCUUUGUGCGCUUCUGGUUUAGAGCUGGGUUAUACUUUUGGGAAGUACCGACACACCAAGUGUAAUUGUUUUAAGAAGUGGUCUAGAUUAGAAAGCUGCAUCAUUAAUAUUGCGUACCUUCCCCAUGCUCAAAGUGAACAUAUUCUUAUUACACAGCAAGAAAAGCUAUACCAGAAAGGUUCGAGUGACAAAAAACCUUUUGAUAUCUACCAUGACUCUAACAUUCAAGAGGUUGUAAGAGUGAAACCAAUUCUUGCGGAUUUUGCUGCUCGUGUCCACGAGCUGUUGGCAGAAUGGCCUCGGCAUCCUGCUCUAAUGCAGGUGAGACCACUUUAUUUGUUUGUGUUGAAAAUAUCUAAAACAUGUCCCAUCAAUUUUUAUUCAUUAAGGAAACAUCCUUUUUGAAACUUGAAUGAAACAUGUUCUCAAACGUGUGAAACAUCCUUCAGAGAAACCAAAUUUUAAUAUUUGACUGAUAUAUUAUCCAGAGGAACAUCUUUGAAAGGGUAACUUUGCAAAAUGUCAAGUCUUCUUGCCAUAUUUGUUUCGUACAGCAACGUUUAAUUUAUUUGUUAAAUUUCAGAUGAUGUACAAAAAGAGGACAGAUUUUUAAGUCGACUUUCCGUCAACGCACGAAAUGAAAAAAUGCCUCUCGUUUGAACAGAAACAAUGUAAUUUUUAAAACGUUUGCUCUCUUUCAGCUUUUGGUUGUGAUAGAAAGGAUAUUGUCUUUUCCCGUGACCAGUCCAGUGAUGAAGAUUUUGACUGGCCUUGAGGUUUUACUAAGAAAAGCCCAGGUAAGAAGUUGAGUAGCAGUGCACUUGUAAUCAAAGACUCCCAUGGUCCAGUCUCGUGAAGUUACGGUUGGAAGUAAGUGAACUCCUUAGAUGUUGGGGGUAAUUUAGUGAUUGUCAACUGAGAGUUAAAAAGCUGACGUUUCGAGCGUUAGCCCUUCGUCAGCUUUUAAACUCUUUACGGUAGCCAAUUUACGUUAUCAACUCGGUUGAUGAUACUUAAUUACCCUGUGAUACUCUCCCACCGACGUAGCACCACAGUGGGUUUGAAGAGAAAAGGGCAAUUGACUACAAUAAUGUUUUCUCGCAUGAAGGGAAAAAAUUAACCAAAGUAUUAGGCAGUCAGAAAAAUGCUAAUUAUUGUUAGAUCCUUGUCAUUGCCCCAGCGCGUUUUCUUUUGAAAGGUACCCAGUCCCUUUCCAUGGUAUUGGGACUGAGAGGCUCAGUAUGAAAGUGAUUUAACACCAUCACUCCCAAUAUUUCAUUUGUAAUUCUUCUUACUAUCUGCUGGACAAUUCUUACAGAAUUUUGUAUUGAAUCAGUCAAUAAUCUCCUAAUUAAUAGUUUUUUUCAUAUUCUAAAAAUUUCCCUGCGUGACAUUGUGUUCAUAUUUUUAGGACUGGGAAUCAAAUGCUGCAAAACAUGUCAGCCUAAGAGACCAUUUGGAUAAUGUCACGCAUCUGAUCAUUCAGUGGAGAAAAAUGGAACUCAAGUAUGCGGUUAUAUUUGUUCAUAACUUUAAGAUAAGCCGUGCGCACAACUUGUAUGGGUAUUUCAAAAGAUUGACGUGAGGGUCCUUUUACCAAACUCAGUUUCCAGUUCCAAUUCCAGUAUGUUCCUUCAAUUUUGCAAUCUUAUUGUUCCAGAGUGGCAUUAUGGGAUCGUCGUCGAAUCAAUGCUUCGAAACCAGCUUUCGAUCACGCGCUCCUUUUCGCCUGUUCAAAAGAGACGGUCAGCAACGUCGAGUUAUUAAUCCUGGCAGGGGUCCCGUUGGUGUGGCCGCUCUGAUUUUGCAAAUAGCAUCUCAUUUGUCAUCAUAUGCUGGGACAACGAGAAACAUGACCAAUUAAUUUUUUCUCAUUUCACCGAUCCAUUAACUCGUGUUAAACGUUCCAGUACAGUUAAAAUCCCCACACUUUGGAUAAAAAAUUUUUCCUUACAAUCUUUUAUCAUAAUCAGGUAAAAGCGAAGUGUUGUGUUAAUUCUGCAAAAUCCAUGCUCUCGUUCUGCUACAGGUGCUGGUCAACACUUCUAGAUGUGACCACUUUAAAUUCAGCGGCAAAAGCCAGUCAAUGGUGGUUUCACAUUUAUAGUUCUUUGGUGCAGUUUAGGAUGACUGAGUAUGCGCAGGAAUCUAGAGGUAAAUUUUGCUGGUUUAUUGUUAUGGUAUAAAAAAAUAUUUGGGACGCAACACCCUUGGAGUGUUGCACUUAGCUGUUGUUAGUGUGAUUAUUUGAAGUAAAGCAAAUGCCAUGAAAAGGGUUGUGUGCGAUACACACACAUUCUAAGCUUUCAAAACUCCACAUCGGUUCUAACAGAUUCUUCCUCAGAAACGUCUAUUAGCAUACGGUGGCUAUUCUAAAUUUAAAAGCUACAGUAUAUAAUACUCCGCUGACCAUUAUGAGCACUUGCAUUUCAUAGUUACAUUAGUCAAUUUACACACAUCCAAAACUUUAUCUGUCUUUCUCUUUCCAUAAAAAGAGGGUUUUCCUGAUGGCAGUGAGGUAAUCGAACCUUUACAAAGAUUUAUCGAAAGCUCAACACUUGGAGAGUUUGCUUCCCGGUUACAAAUGCUGUUUGCAUUUUACAAACAAAUGUGCUACGAAGAGGCGAGCACUGGAGAAGGUAAUUAAUCUUGGAAAAAGGUGUCAUUUGAUGGUAUUGUUGAAAGUCAAACUGUACUGCGAAAGUCAAACUGUACCCCUCUCUUGAGGAGUAUUGCUUCAAACUUUCAGCAAAUCCUUGAGCGACUUAAGCUUUGAGGAGACUGUCUAAUUGCACAAGCAUCAGACUCAAAUACUUUGCCGCUGAAGUUCAGUCCCUGAAGUCUUUCCAAUUCAGCACAUCCCCCGUUAAACGAUAAAACUUGAAGAAUUGCAGAAUUUAAAAAAAAUGUGAAGACAUUAAUUUAAAGACCAAUAAAAUAAUCUUUUUGCCGUGAGACAUGGAAAAUUUCUCUGACAACAUCGACUCUUUGUUUUUAGUUAAAGUAUCAGAUGUGCUAUGGAACUUGUUCUGUUAUUACAAGCAGUUUAUUCCUUCUGUUGAGCAAUCUCUGCAAGAAAUGAGGAAACCUAUUGAAAAAGAUCUGAAGGUGAGCUGCUUUAUUUCAGUUUUGUCAAUAAGCAAGCAAAUGUGUAAUCAAAUAUGAGAUAAAACGGAACUUUUAAACUUCGGAGUCCUUGUAUGAUGCAUGUGAGUAUUCUAUUGUUGACUUGUUAAUGCCCAGUAAAUGCAGUCCUGGCAAGAUUCCUUUCCAUAACACUGAAACAAUGCUACCCUCUGUGAGAAGUUUUAUUGUAAAGAAAUUUUAGAUGAGUUACAAAUUCAAGUUGUUAAAAUAUAAUUUUGUCUGGUAGGAUUUUGUGAAAAUUGCCAAGUGGAAUGACUCCAACUUCUGGGCUAUGAAACAAGCGGCUGACAAGUCUCAUCACACAUUGCACAAAUUUGUGCGCAGAUACGAGGUAAUAAAGCAGGAUAAAGUCUCUACGAUCUUUGCGUAUUCAAAUAUUUUAUCUCUCUGUGAAAUAUUUGCUGUCUUACAUACCUAUUUAUGUAAUCUUGUGAGGAAAUAUGAAAUGUGACAAAUAAAUUAUACAAAGUGCCCCUAUGCAGGAGCUCAGAUUACGAACACAUACUCAAGACUGUAGGCCUAAACCUGCUGCAUCUGCGAUCAACAUUGAAUUUGUUUUGUUUUGUUUUGUUUUGUUUUUUGUUUAUUUGUUCUACAUUCUAAGCUCUUGCUGUAAAUGAAAUUUGAUGAAAUAUCACCCUAAUCUAAUAUCUUUAACUACCAAUCUUCUUGUGAACUACAAAUGUUUCUUCGUUUUCAAAGGCCUCUCUAAAUGAGCCAGUAUCGAAGACCUUGAAAAAUGUGGAGAAAGCUCUUUCUCCUUCUGAAGAUAAAGGGAAUUACACAAAUGAAAGAAAAAAUGUGCAAGUGGAGUGGUUCAUAUCAUCAGAAGCAUUGAAGGUCAGAUGAUCACAAGUAUUUGUAUCGCUAACAUUAAUUUUUGGUUUUAUGAGUAUUUUUGGUAUUGUUUGUUCGUCUGUCCUAACAGUAUCACAUAAAAUCCUUCACCCCUGAGAGUAACCAGCACCUAAUUUCUCCUUAAAAUAUCACUCCUGAAUCAAGCAUCAAAGUCACAAGAUUAAAAGAAAUGAUCACCGACUAAAGAAGCUCAUGGUUUUUUGAUUGUUAAAUAAAUUCUCCUCGUCAGCACAGCAAUGAAUGUGUAGAGAAUAGAAUGGAGAAAAUGCGUACUGAAUAUUUAUUUUAGAGGGUUUGAGGCACUUCUCUUCAAAUUGCAAAGGGGGGGGGGGGAGAGAGGGGUCCAGAAAUGCUCUUUGAAAACCUUGAUCAACACUUCAUCCCGCUGUGUACAGAAUUGUGGUUACUGCCGUUGGAAUAUGGUACAGAGGGCCCAAAGUUGGCCAGUUUGCGUCCCAAAAGAACUCCAACCAACUAAGCAAAUAAUUGUUAACAAUGAUGGUGCUAGGAAAGUUAAUGUUCAUAGUGCGGUUUAAAAAGUUUUAGUUUUAGCUAAGUUCAGACUGGUGUGUUUUACAAUAGCAUAAUUCUUUGGUCAAGGACUUCGGCAGUUACUUGGAGCAAAGGGAAAAACAAAUUAAAUUAGUUUAAAUUAUUAUGACAUGAAGUCCAUUUUAAACUACAAUUAACUCCUGAGAUGUGACACCAGUUACCGGAAGGAAAAAUUGCUUAUUCUAAAAAUGUGUUUCCUCUUCAGGCACACUGUAACAGAAGUCUUCAAUUUAUAUCAACGCACGAGAAAUGGAGGUUGUGUCUUCCAUCGAAUCAGAAUCGUCUUACAAAACUCUUUCAAAAAAUGAGACAGCUGUCACGCCAGAUUAUUAGUCGACAAGAGUAUGAGCCACUAGUGACGUGCUUGGAUGACUUUACAGGUACGAGUUUUAUCAGAUAUUAAAGUAUAUGAAAAACAAGAUUACUCUUCCAGAGCUAACAGAAUUUUUAAUUGAUUACUUAACACGACUUUUUUUUUUCUACAUCACCGCGGUAUUUCAUUGCCAGAACAUGUUAACGCAGUGUUUUCAAUUUAAAUCAAAUCGUAUGAGCGAAACGAAACAAAGUUCAAAAUCCCAAAAUGAAGAAAAAGGAAAUUCGGACAAAUGGAAUCUGGGGCGCGAAAAUUUGGUUCACUAAGGGACGAUUUGUUUUCUUUUUUCAUCUUGUUAGCCAAAGGAUGGUGAGAAUUUUCUUAACAAAUUACACUGUGAAAUGAGUCAAAACCGAUGAAACACCAGAUUUAUUCCUCUAUUGGCUUUCUCAUUGAAGCCGAGGGAGUUCUCUCUGUUUUAAUGCAAACAGCGUAUUCCUAUGCCGAUGCUGAACAAUUUAGGAAUAAGAGCGCGUUUGAAUAAAUUAUGUAUCUGGACUGAAAUGAAAAAGUCAAAACCGAUGAAACACGACAGUGGUUUGGUGUGGUGUGUACUGUUAUCGACAGCGAUAUUCAUCAUCAAAGUGGUCAAAAUGUUGUGGACCACGAGGCGCAGCCGACUGGCAUUGUCGAUUUUAUUUUUUACCACGAUAUCGACGAUUCUUUCAGUGCGUCAACAUUGCGUGACACGUUGACGCGAGCACCGUUGUCUGUUUUCUUAUGGACAACGGCAAAAUGGCCAAUCAGAUUGUGAUAUUACUGCAAAUUGUAAUAAAGAUAGCUGUUGACGUUUAGGCAAUUAUUUGGUUUUUUUUUCAGCUGAAGUCAUAACCACUUCAAAAGAGCUGCAAGCUUUGGAUGUGUCCAGUCAGGUAUAAGAAGAACUUCGAAAUUAUUACUGAAUUUUUGGUCCUGUUACUACUUGUUAUUUACAUAAUUAAGUAAACAUAGUCUAUCAUUUCAUCCGUUACACAUUUGACAUAUUUUUAUGUAACUCAUUAUAUACUGUUUUUCAGCCAAAAGAGAAACAAACAGAGUUGAAGAAACAUAUUCAGCAACGGAAACGUAAAAGUUUGUCAGACCUGUUCAAGAUAUUGGCAUUACUUGGUAUGAUACAAAUUGUCCUUUUAAAUCCAGGUUUAUAUGAAUUGAAUCUGUGUAUAAGUUUCUAUGUUUUUUUGUUUUUUGUUAUUCAUUUUUGUUUUUUUAUUUGACGGUUACUUUUCUUUGUUUUUUUGUUUGUUUUGUACACGGACUAGUUAAGAAGUUACUCGGGUCUUACCUGGAGAGGACAAAAUUGUUGACGAAUUGACCUUCAACCCCAUAUUACUUCAAUUUUAUAUCUUUUGCCCCCAAAAAAAAAAAAAAAAAAAAAAAAACAAAACAAUGUUCUAUAGUGAUUCCCCAAACUUUCAGCUAUAUACGGGCAACAAUGAUUGGAGCAGGGGGGGAUCUUAUCAAUGAUUUAGAUUCUACACAUUAACAGAAUUAUUUAAGCAUGAUGUGUCAACUAAUUUUGUCGCAAACUGUAGCUUUUGAGGUUGUGUAGUCAUUGUUACUAAAUAUACAUUUCUAGGCGUGUCUUAUCGUAAGGGGCUCAAUCUCGAGCGCCAGUCCACGGGAAAAGAAGCCAUGUUGGUUGCUGCAGUUGAGGAAGAGGCUGUAACAAGAUCAGUCGAGCUGCUUUCUGACAGGUCACCGUAAGUAUGCAAGAACGAGUAACAGCUCGACAAAUGGUACUGUUAUAACACUUCCGAUGGUUUGCAAUAAUAAGUAAAUUUUUGGAGAAAUCAGAACUUUGAAAAAGAUAAGAGUUCUCUCUCACUCUAUAAUGGCAGUGGCUCACCAAUUUAAUUUUGUCAUCAACAAGACAUUUAAGAUGGGUUUAAAGGAUUUCAGAGUUAAAACAGUGCAAUGGUUAAUUAAGGCGGCAGGAUUGCAAUAUCUGUGUACGAAAAAUUUCAAAAUUCUACAAGUUUUCCAUUAAGUCAAAACAUCAUUUGUUUUUUAGUAGAAAUAUUUAGGGAAUUUUAUAAAUUUAAGUAUAGACAGAAAACGUGCGAGGCUAUAUUAACGCAGUAAUGUUUUAAAGUUUUCAGUUUGAAAGGCAACAACCUUCGCUCCAGCCGAUGCAUUCUAUGUUGUACUGACACAAAGACAAAAUAAACACAAUCACCACAUCCUUCAUGAUCAAUAUUGCUAGCUAAACUUGUACUUCAUUGAGUCAUAUUGUUCGUGACACCUUGGUGUUGGCUGGGUUUUUACCAAAACCACCUAUCAUGGCUGCACUGCAGCUUAUUGUUGAGUGGUCAUGGCUCUCAGCCUAAAGGAAAGUUCCUUGUUAUAUCCCUGGUUGGAGUUUUGUCUCCCAUCAGGUCCCCAGAGAGGAUACAUCGAAUAAUGAAUAAAAAAUUAUACCUAUAGUCAGUAAAAAUUGUUGCUUAUGAUCUACACUCCAUCAACUCUUGUGAAUUUGACUUCUUUCAGUGACUUGCUACAUAAUGUGAAGCAGCUCUUGGAGGGCUGUUGUCGUUAUUUCUAUAAGUCACUUGCCAGGUCUUCUGCCCUAACUGUAGCCAUGGUAACGCCGUCAAAGGUAAGUUAAAAUUCGAAAUCCCGCUUUUUGUUUGGGUAGCUGAGAAGGUGCCAUUUAAAAAGUGACAAGAUGCAAUUUGAACUCGUAAGAAAUGAAUUAACUUUGACAGACCAGAAGCCACCAAGUAAAGUCUUUUUAUAAACGGCUGCAACAAAAUUUUUCAUUCCAUUGUGCCCGUCAAGUGUGGAGAUUUUACAGGUUAUAAUCAUCAUCACUCCUCCCUUAAACUGCUAAGAUCUACCACACAAUCCUUCAAAAAGUUGCUUCUUAUUUCCCUGAAAAUUCGUCAGGACAACUCGGUGAGAUACGCAGAUAAUGCCCUAUAGCUGACGAGAAUGAAUGUUCUCGUCGCCCAAUAACCGGGCAAUGUACUGUUCAUGAACGGAAAGUUUGGGGAGAGAAUACGCGUCAAUCGCUUCUCAGAGCUAAAGGGUCAAAUCUGUUGCAUUCAUUAACAUUUAAAAUUAACACUUUUUUUCUUUUGUCAAUCAAUUAUUUUUUAGGUUGGAUUUCUUUGAAGCAGUUUUUAUCCUAGCAUAUUUUUAUUCUAUGACUGCUAUGUUGAUUUCUAGCGACCUAACGGUAUUAUGUUAAUGUUUUGUUGGUUCCUAUAGGAGCUCAGUGUUGGUGACAUCGAUCGUUGUAAAGGUUGUAGUAACCAUUUGCUUCAUGUUUGUUAUGAACAAAGACAGGUCAUCUCGCAGUUAUCGAGAAACAUUAGACGUACAAGGUAACCUGUCUUGAUCACUCACCUUGUUACAGUUUCAGUUGCAUAUUUGUUAAUAACACCCCCUUAUGUGCCUCUCCUAACGACUUGCAAGUUAAGGUAUGCCGUGGGCCUUGCGUGUAUUGAGAAAUUAUGGUUUGUGUUAGUUUGAAGUAGCGGUUUCUGAUUCAAUGACACUUGCAGUAUACGGGGUUACUAUGGUACACAGCCAAUUUGUACAAAGUGGUACAAAUGAACCAAUCGCAUAGCCAGAUUGGCCUCUAAGAUGGCGAUUUGAUGUAAUGCAAUUUCUUUAUCACGCAUAAAUGUCGAUCAAUUAACAAUGAGACUCGAAUCCGUGUCUAAGCUGUCUGCUUAAUACAGUUUUCUUGUAACAAAAGCGUUUAAUUCCGUCGUUCGAAUCCGCUUAACUGAGGUGUCUACUAAAAACAGAUUCUUUAUACUCAAGACAUGGAUGCGUGGAGGGAAAAUUUUUUUAAUAAGUAAGGAACAAUUUUGGACUGGGGGUAGUGUCCGCAAAAUACAGGUUUUGCUUGACAUUGUCUGUGACUUUGCCUUCCUUCUCUGAUGUUUCAAGUGUAACUUAGUUUAAGUAUGUAGUGUAGGAUCAGAAUUAAUUGUGUUUUGCCGUGUUCACUUUGGCCUCACCUUAGUGUUGGCUUGAGGCAGUUGAGAGAAUCUGUCACAUCACCAGAUGAAGAUGCCAACAGCGGAAUCUCGAGUCUUCCACCUCAGAAGGACCUUGAGAAGCACACUGUAAGUGUGAUAUAAUGAAACCGAUUGUUAAUUGUGACGAAAAUGAUCCAGAAAUACUUUGGUUUUGCUUACUUCGCUAUGACUGGUCUAGAAACCUCGUGCCAUCGUAUCAACCAAUCAGAUGCAAAACGAAAAUCAAUCAUGACUUGACCGUUCGUAUUUUUAAACAAUCUUGGUGCAUUGCUUCUUGUAACCCGUCUCAGUCUUCAUCUUGACAGAUGACACGGAUAUCAGCCUGUUCCUGGCGUUCAGUCACCACGAGGGAAGGUUGAGUCGGAUUGCUUAAAGCUACUUAGAGCUUUAAGUUUCCUUUAUUUUCAGCACCCCUGUGCGCCACUAUCGCGUUGUUCGUUUAUUUCGCUCCGCUUUAUACUCACUGAACGUCUAGAACAGGCUUCACAGACCGCGGCCAUAGCAAUCAAGCUAACAUUUUCAAACUAUUCGGAGGGUUAUCGUAAAUUUGUUUCGUUCUUGCUAGCCUGAAUUUAUGUUUGUUCGUCUAUUUGGGGAUACUUCUCCGAGGAUAAAAUAUAGUGACUUUGGCCCGGUUAUUUAAACAAAGUUUGGCCGUUGUUUAACAAAACCACGUCCUAAACUAUCUUCAAUUUAGCUGAACCUUUUAUGUGAACAAUAAUUUUUGUGAACAGUGUUAAGAGAGCCGAAAACCAACUGCGGGAGGACAUUUAUUUAAUUAAAUCAAGCCUCUUCUAGGGAAUGCCUAAGGCCCAUUGUUUGUGUAAAACCGGGUUUUGGGUUAGACCUCGUUUAAAUAACCGGCCCUUUGUGUUUUGAAAUGGAUCAGCACCUUUUUCUCUUUUUUUAUGUGCCCACAAUACGCGGAGAGACGACAUGAAAUUUCAAACCCUUUAACAUUUGUCAUCCCAUAUGUGGAAGGUUAUUUAAGUGAGUUCUCUUUCCUUUUUCCUUUUUUCGCAGAUUCAAGUGAUGGAUCUUCUCACUAACACGGCCCAUGUUCUACAGCAAAUGUCCAUAUUGCUGAAAUGUUGUCCCAAUGAAAAAACGCCACUUCACAAUUGGACUCCAUUGCCACAAGCAAUGCUUUCGUCUGUGGCAGUUUCGUCUGCAGAAGAUCCUGACAUUAAGGAGAUGAUUCAAACGUUGGAGGUACUUUCUGAUGAGUUGAACAAAAUACCUUUUCUUUAUUUUAUAUUUUUGACCACGAAACAAUUAAGCAAAGUGAACUCUUUCACUCCCUUUAAUCUUGCAAUUCUUAUGAAGUUAGUUCGGAGAAUAUAGCAUUGGAUCAACCAAUAAUCCCUGAAUUGAUAUUUUCUCGAUUCUCAUCACUUUUCUGCUUGAUACUGAAUUGAUGUUGUGAGAAGAAAUUCUGUUUUGGUCACUCAUAGGAGUUGAAGAGUUAAGAUAUCAAUAAGGAAUACAGUAAUUUAUUUCACGAAUUUGGGGCACGGACAGAAAGCGUGCUAGGCUUAAUUCAAUCGAGAAAUAUUUUGAAAAUAUUUCUUAAAAGAAAGAGCCACAACCUGUAUUUCAAGCGAUUCUUUUUUCGCUGUAUUGAAUAGACAAAUUGAACGUAUGCAGGAAAGUGUAAAUGAUUUCUAUUGACGCUAAUUUUACUUAAAAUAAACUUCUUCUGUUACACUAAGUACCGUAUCUGUCAAAAUUUCAGAACACUGUGACGAAGUUGCACCAAGUGGCCAAUGAAGUCCGGCCCCAUGCUGCUCUAUCUGAUCACGUGUUGAACAAUACAAGCGGGAAUGACAGGACAGCAACCAUAGCAUCUUGGUAAUAUGACGGUAGCUUUGUUGAAAGCAGUUUUUAUUUGAGGGUUAAAAAACCCAAACCAAAGUAAUCCCAGCGGCCAAUCAGAAUAUAUGUUUACAUUGUCACUAGCCAAUAAGAACUCACUUGAAAACAAGCAAACGGCUCGAAGCGCGGGAAAACGCGACUGUUUUGAAUUUGCAUAUGAUUUUUUUGAGAGGAUGGCGCGAGUUUUCAGAACUAAUCACAGAACAAGGUUAAAUUAAACUAAAGCAAUCCCAGGUCAUUUCGACGUUCAGUUGAAAAUUUCUCUAUAGGUGGCAAAUCACCUGUAUUAGAACUUCACUGCUUAUGUGAAAAUUUAAAUUAAACUUUUUUAAGAUUCGCAGCAAAGGGCCUCGCCGCUAUUUCUCGUUCUUCAAUGAUGCGGGUAAAUUUUUCGAGUUCGUCAUUUCUAGUCUGUGUCAAUCUUUUUCUAACCAGAAAAACCAGAAGCAUCCUUGCUAAUUUUUGGCUUAUGCUUCCUCUUAUACGGUCGUCUACCCCUGAAAAAUAGCUAUUUCUUACGACGUUUUUAAAAAUCGAAAGAAGCACUCAGAAUUCAUCUGUACGUGAUGAAAAGUGUUUUACGAAGAGUAUGAUCCUUUCAUGAACUAGUACGAUUUGUUUUCCAAAGAGCAAAUCAAUAUGUCUUUUAUUUUGUAGGCUACAGAACAGAGUAACAACGGAUGCUUUCUUCAAGCUGAAAGGAACAGCAGACUUGAUUGAUGAAAUAUUGCCAAAGUUUAAAUCAAAGUGGUGAGUUUGCUCUUUAUCAAGAAGUUGAUUAAAGGAAACAAAAGGAGGAAUCACUUACUGAUUAAUUUUCAAGGGAUGAUCAAGACUGUCGUUGGUACGUCCAACUUACAAUCUUAGUGGUUGGUUAGAGCGCUUUUCAACUGAGUGUCUUGAAACUAGAACCAAAUUAAUCACAAAGGCUAAUCAAAAGAAAGGAAAAUUCCCUAUAGAACUAAUCAUAACUCAAAGUGAAAACAAGCUAACUGCCUAAAGCCUGGGAAAAAAUGGAUGAACAAGUUUCGAUUACCUGCCUUUUGGUUUCUGAUUGGUUGAGAGGGUGGCGCGAGUUUUCUCGACUAAUCAUAGGGCUGGGAGAAGCAAAACCAAUGGAAUCCCGGAUCACUUUCGACACUCAUUUGAUAAUUUCUCCAUACGCCAUAUAUAAGAAAGAAAUACAAUGCAUUCUAUCCUAAUGUUCUAAUCCCUAUGACAGGCCUAAAAUUUACAUUUAGUUUUCAAUUGUAGCGAUUUGUACAAAUUUAUAUCAUUACAGUUGUUCAGUUAGCAAAGGCCUUGGUGGCCCACUAGUCCGCCUCAAAGACGAGAUCUUAGAGAAAUUUAACGAUUUCCAUUCAUGGAGUACGGCUGUGUCUGGGAAGGAGGAGAUUCAGACACCCUGGAGUGAUGAAAACAUUGAUGACCAAGGUAAAUAUACAAGUAAACUGUAAUUUUACAUAAAUUUGGCUUUUCUACCCUCAUCUGUUGUCAUGGUGUAGUUGAGAAUUUCAGCACAUUUUCCGGUAGAAUUGUACCACAAUUUAGUAGUAGUAUUUGUACUGCUGCUUCAGAUCUCUUAAGCAUACUUUGUAAAGCUUUAUGUUAUUGAGUAUGUUCAGACAACAUUAAUCAUCUUGGGGUUGAAACUGCCUUUUCCUAAGUGUAGUUGGUGUGUUAGAGUGGCCUGUUUAGAAUAUUUUCAUUUUGUUUAGGAGUGGCGACUCUGAAUGCAUUUAUCAGCGAUGUGGACGCCCUGAACACCUCGCUUCUUCUGACAGUUCAGCGUUUGGCUAAGGUAACAGAAAAUAGCACCCAAGAAAGAAACGAAGAAGGUGAAGGUAGCAAAAAGAACACAGCUGAUCAAGGUAGUUAUAGUUAUUUUACAUGUAGCGAAAUACCUCACUCGAAAUAUGGGGGUCCAUGUCAGUAUCUGAGUAACUGCGCACCUACCCCUCCCCUAACCCAACAUUAGCCCUAACUUGUUAUUAGUUGACUGUUACUGGGUCAGGGGAGGGGUGGGUGUGCAGUUGCUCAGAUACAGACAUAAAUCUAAAUGUGGCGAAACAAUCGACACUCUUUAACCCCAACCUAUAGCUUAUAGUACCGACCUAUAGCUCCUCGCAGUGAACCAAACAUAUCAUGGCUGGGUAAUCCCAAGAGUUUGGAUCAAUGUCUGUUUUACCAUCACAUUACUUAAAUGAUCACAUAUUACUUGUGUCGAAAGUGUUCACCUUAGUGAGACUUGUUUGUGCUCCUUGCUGUGGAAAAUUUAAUAUGACUUCUCAGUGAUAACUCCCUCAUGGCCUCUGGGGUGUGUGAACUUGUUAACUUAGCAUCUUCUUUUACAUAUUAAAUUAGAUGGCAGUGAGAACUUACAGCUUCAAGAUGGACACUUGGCAACUCGUUUACAUCAGAACUUACUCAACGACAUCAGCAGGCUCAAAUUAAACGGCGUGACGAGGAGCAUUUCUUCACUUCUGUCCCAGGUCAAAAACAUGACUGAUUCCUCAUGGUCUUCUUCUAACAUGUCAGUUCAAUUUUCACUCAGUGGCUUUUGCGCUCAUUUACUGGAAGGCUCCAUCCCCCUACUCCAUCAAUACCUGAACCUCUCACAAAAUCUUCUCAUCAAUUUACUGGAAGCUCACCGCGCAACCAGCAAACUGUUGUCUGUGUUGCUGAGUAUCUUCACCGAUCUCGGCACAAGAGGAUUCUGUGUCCCCCAGAAAUAG